AUAUUACUCCAAAUGUGUGAGUGUGCAGUCCUGCACAGAGCUGCUGCUGACAGUCUUUGCAUCGCAAACAGUGAGAGUGAAGGUGUGCAUGUUGCAGCGUUUCUACCUGCCAGAGUGACAGCUGACAGACUGACCGGAGGAAACGUGGAGAUAAGAGUGUUACAGGCGCAACUUUUGGGGGGAAUUAUGAGAAACGGGGAGCUGUGACUUUACAUCUGAUUGACAACUGUUAAGGUAAAAGAUAAAAUCCUUUUUAUCAUUAUUUUGGCUGAAUUUGGCGUUUAGUAUUUUACUGAAAGUCUUAAAACGUGUGUCUUUGAAUGCAACACACCUGUCCCAAACUAAAGACCAAAAAACACCUGUUUAUCUUUUUAGAGCGAUAUUUGUAAAAUACAUAGCAUAGUUUUAAUCUGAAAGUGUCAAUUAUGAAUAUUGGUAAUGCUUAUUUUAACGACCCAAGUGUCAAAAAACUACAAUCACCUGCUGUUUUAUUAUUAGGCUCACUGCAGGUCGCACUUUGACCUUUUUUAAAGCUACAGCCUGGUUGACAUCUGUUAAAUAUUCAAUUGCAUUACUUGAUUGGCAGCUGUUUAGAAAGGCUGAAUUGCUGCAUGCUAUUUAUCAUAAUGCUGCAUUAUAACAGGCCGGAAAAUACUCAUUUUAUGCAACAAGUUGCAAGGAAUUGUUGCUUUGUGUUUCAGCGCUCAUGGGUGAAGUAUCCCUGCCUUUAAUUAACCGAGAGAAAAUGGGUUAGUGUUGCACACGGAUGGUUGAGCGAUUUGCCUGUUGUAAUUAUGCUGCAACGAAACCCAAAAUUUGUAUUUAAUGACUUAAUUCAACAAAAAAAAAAAAAAAAAAAUAGUCUUCAUCCGAUCUUUUUAAGUAUUCAAACUCCAGUGCAUGCAUAUUCCAGCUUCACGCUCUGCAAAUCGUUCAGACCGUCCCAGUUUUAUUGCACGCAUAUUUUCAAUACCAAGUGCAGGGACCACACGCGCUGCUUCCCUCUGACCUCGCACACAAUCGGAUGCUCAGUUGGAGGCAAAUCUCGCGACGCGACGACGCAUGACAAGAUAAUUAUUUCCUCUCGUGCAAAGUGAAUCUCCUCUCUGUCUCUCUCACUUCACCAAACUGGGUCUCUGUACCUCCCUGAGCUUUUUAUAGAGGUUACUGAACCCAGACCUGUUUGCAGCCGCUGCAAGGAUGGAGGGUGACCAAGUGCAUCUGAACUCAACUGAGUGCAAUUUUGAAGUUUUCCAAUUUUGUUGCACUGUGUACCUCUACUCAUGCAUUUCAGAUGCAUAAUUGUACUUUUUCACAUUUAUUUGGCUGUCUCAUAGCUGUGGUUUCUUAUCAGAUUGUGACUUUAAAAUGAAUUUGAAAACUAAAGAUGAGUAUUCUGUACAGAGUUUGGAACAAGUGGUUCAUGACCCCUUUUGUCUUGUGACCUCUUGUGACAAACAUGCCGUGUCUGGUUGGGGCUCCUUGACACGAUACAGAUGUCUUUGAGCUGUCAGCACUUCCACCUAAGAGACAUUUCCCUCUUAACCUUUCACAUAGUUUCAUUUUAGGCAAGAGUAUUGGGGUCAAACAGGGAAAUGAUCCAAAAUUUCAGACAAUAGUGAAGAUAUGAUUUUGAUUUUGUUUUAAUUUUCUGUAGUUUUUGUCCUCUAGAUGACAAACCUGAGAAUCUCUUCAAUCACUGAUCAUUUACAAGGAAAGCUUAAGCUGCAAAUCUCAGCUCAUAAUCUCAAUUUUUAACCUCAGACUAAGUGAUAUAUGACUGACUGGUUUUAAAUGCAGUUUCCACGGUGAGCAAAACCAGGAAUAUUAAUGUUUAGUUGACUAAACAAUUAAAUGUCACCCUUUCUACUUGGUGCCUGACUUGCAAGUUAUUCAAACAAACUAUAAUAUUUUAUUACCUUUACAUAAGUUAUAUGAUACAAUGCAAUCUAAUGAUGGUAAUUCUUUGCAAAGACACAAGAGGUACUGUUUUGUUCACAGGGGGAGCCAAAUCAACACUUACACAGGAGCUUCAGAGAGCACAUACUAGCUUUAACUCAGCAUCUAUCUGCUGUUGUUCAUGAUACAUGUUUGCAACAGGUCCCGUCUGAAUUAAAAGUAAUCUAAGAAGCAGCUUUUUACUGUCAAAUAGGCACUAAUAAAUCAGAUGUUAAUGUUAUUUCCUGCAAUAUGUUUAGUCUUUGCAAAUACCCACAAUGCCAUAUUGGUGGAGCUGUAAUUUAUCGUGUUACACUGAGUCCAGUCCCUCUGUAGUUCCUCUUACGAUAUUUUUCAGGUUUUGUUUGGUCUUUGUGUUGCUUUGUCCACCAUUAUAGACAGGAGAGGGCAAACAGAGGCUCAGGCUUUACUUUCCCAUCCUCCCCUGUUGGCACAGACUCACAAAGCCCAGCUGAGUGUGUGAUAAAGUGUGAUAUCCCUCCAAACUCAGUGUGAUUUAAAGAUAAGUCACUUCAUGCUACAAACACACACUCAGUGGGCACACAAACACUCAUAGACAUAGAUUUUAGUGGGAUCUCCUAGCAGCCCUAAUGGUUCCUGCCUCGCUUCAGUCUAAAUGUCAACCUGACCCCCCACCCACAACCUCCAUCCUUCCUUGAUGAGAAAGUCCAGACUGAGCGCCUUUUAACGACUUGGUCAAACACUCUCAGAUCCGACGCCGGGGCUUGUGGGAGUUCAACACCCGUUGACUCCAGGGAACCGCAGAUUUAAUUUGAUCCCUUAGAGUUACCCAUGUCUGACACCACCUACUGUCAUGAGUCCUAUCUGUUUGUCCUGUGUCGACCAUAUUUGGUUUACAUCAUGUGCAGCGUGGGAAACUCUUGAGUAAAUGUGCUCAGCUCAGAGUAAACAGUCCUGUGUGUUCCUGUGAGGGAGUGUGACUUGACCAUCUUAAUCCAAAGAAGGCUGGAACUAACUGGGAUUCUAGUCUGUUUAGUUCUUGACGUUAAAAAUGUGACUUUCAGUCUGCUUUUGAUUAAGCACUGAAGCAUUUUGUCAUAGAUUUUGGACAAGUACUUCAUCAUGUUUUCACCUGCUGAUGACAUGAUGAACUGUAGGUUUAAUAUGUAUUUAUGUCUCCUAAAAAGUGGCUUCAGAGACAAUCCCUCUCCAAGGGAAUGCCUCACUCAGAUUAAUGUGCCCAUUUUCACUCCUGGCUUUGACACGAGGAUGUGUUGGAAAGCUGCCAUAACUAUAUCUGUCAAAGCGCUCUUCAUUUUUCACAUUUUGGAAAUCCCAUGUGGUGAAAGACUUGAAAUGGAAACACCGCAGCAGCUGGAGUCACAGUAAAACUUCAGGAGCUGCUUUUAAAAAGUAUCUCUUAUGAGUUUACUAGACAAUUCUAUCAAAUUACAUGAUGGAGACUGAAAUAUUUGACAAAACAUCAAUACAGUAAUAUAUCACAGUCAUGUCAUAAAAUUACCUCCCCUCUGUGCAUAAUUUCACUAAUUUAAUAAAAAAAUAACACAAUGCUCUAAACAUAUUGUCCUGCCAACUUGACUGAUCAAGUCACUCCUUAAGAAAUCCUUCCUGUACUUAACCUUUUAGAGGUAUCUGGUAUUCUUCGAGGGAUUGAAUGUAAGAAUGAAUCAAUAUAUGAUUAUACUGCAAUUUAUCUGGUAUCUUAGGAUCGCUAUGUCCUGACAUGAUCAAUAUUGUGGGCUAUGAUUGGAUAUCAUAUGGUAUUGUACCGUAUGGUAUUGUAAUGUGUUGCGACAUAUUUUGUCAUAUUGCAUAAUUUGUUGUGUAAUGUAUCAUAUACUGUGUAUUUUUACCAUUUUGUUUGUUAUUGUAUUGGCUCAUACCAUAUGGUGUUAUACCGGCUUAUAUCGUAUUAUAUCCUAGUGUAUUGUACAACAUAUUUACGUAUUGUAUCAUAUUGUAUCCCCUUGUAUCAUCGUAUUCUAUUGUAUCUUAUCAUAUAUCAUACAGUAUUGUACUGUCUUGUAGCUUACCAUAUUAUUUUCUAUCAUAUCACAUCACAUUGUACUGCCACAUAUUGUGUCAUAUUCCAUUGAAUCCUGUAGUAUUCUGUCGUAUCUUUUCCAGAGAUAAUAUAUUUAUAAUGACCACAUUUUUAGAGAUUUUAAUCUCUGUAUUUACUUACUAUUUUUGCUUUCUUUAUGAUCUCAGAUAACGGGACAGAGACCCAAAAAUCUCUUGUGGCAGAAUGUUUUAUUUUGUCACAUGCUGAAAAAAAGCCCACCAAUCAUGAUAUGAGCUUAAAUCAUGAACCAUCGGCCAACCUGUUUUCAUUAUCAUAUUGUCAUUCCUUGAAUCGUACUGUAUAAAAUGGAUUUGUCUUUUCAGAGGGAAGGAGAUGGAGAACAAGGCCAUGUAUCUGAGCACAUACGAGGAGAGAGAGAACGGCUCUAUGUACGAGGACGCCUACGAGGGACGCAACCUGUCCAAACUCAACCUGUGUGAUGAAGGUAAGUAGGAGACAAGAGAGUUUGACUGGGUUAAAGGUCCUGAGGAACUUUCUGAUUGGUUCCCCCUGUGGACAAAGUGGUAACUGCAACGUUACAGAUUACAUGUCGUCCUUAUGAAAAUGGUGUUCAUCGACAAAAGAUGAAAUUUUUGACUCACUAUGAAUGUUUGUUGUAGGAAAAGAAACUCAGAUUGUUCUUUAGAUGUACGCAUGCCCCCACAUCAGUAAACAGCCUUUAGUAAUUACAACAUAGAUGUUGUCAGUUUGGCCAUUAUUGUUCUUAUUAGCUUUGGUACAUCAUAGAGACACAUAAGCUUUUUACUUCAGUAUAUUUUAUAACCUUCAAAAACCCCCUUACUGGAGCUUUAAGGUAACAAUUUUAAGAUGAAAACACACGGAUGCCCCAUUAAAUCUGUUUGUUAUAUCAUUAAGCUGAGACAGAGAGGGCCGCCGCACCGUCUUUAAAAGGUUUUGAUCCUUCAAGCACAGGAAUGAGACCGCCGAAAAGUUUCUAAAAAAAGUCCCAGAAAGGUUCAAUUUGUAAAUUAGUUUUUUAACAAUAUUAAACAGUUUAUAGACUCUCAAAAUUGUUAGUUAAAAAAUGGACAAACGAAGAGAGAUGGAAAGAAAGGGAAAUUCCACUGAAUCGUUUAUUCAUAUAAACAAAAACGCCCACACACACACAUUAAUAACCAACACAGACUCAGCUGAGUACACACACACACACACACACACACACACAGAAGCAAUGCUGUCACCACUUGGCAUUCGCUCCCCUCUUGCUAUGGUCAUCUAUGAACGCCAGGAAUGUCCAGGAGCAACAUCUGCUGGAGUGUGUGUUUCUGUACAUUUGCGUGUGUGUGUGUGUGUGUGCGCAGGUGCAGCUGCAGCAAAUCCACAGCUGACCCACUGGUGUUCUCAGGUUUCGGCCGAGAGCUCUUCGAGUUUGGUGGGAAAGUCUUAACUGGAGAAUUUUGUUGACAUUUUAAUGGAGAGUGGACAAAGGCCGCACACAUCAGAUCGACCAUCUCCGCCCAACUUUUCUAAUCCAGGAACAUUUUCACACCUCGUUCAAUUAGAGCGGAUAUUCACGGACAUGGCACUGCUGGUUUCUUUGGGGUGCAGUAGAAAGAGAGCAAAACAAAGCAGUUAAGAGGCGUCUAUGAGAGUGUGAUUCAAACCUGAUUCUCACAACCGGAGCCUGUGUUUAUUAUGAGUCAAUACACUAUGAAUUGUGGGUAGAAACAGGAAGGAAAGUCAUGGUUUAUGGGGUAAAAUGUUGUGACUUCUGGCAGUUAUGUCGCCAUCUUUGUUGUCAAAUCUCUCCACCCAAAUCUCACAGGAGCACAUUCUGAUUAAAUUGACAGUGACAUGUUGAUGUUUGAGUGCACACACCUAGAUCAGCACAUACAGAGCAGCUCUUUUAGGGUGACAUACACGAAAUGUCAACAUGACCGCAAGUCACAGUCAGUGCCAGACCUUUAUACAGCACCUCCAUUCCCUCCUAUUGUUAAACGCUGCUUCAGUAGGUGCUGACACAUUGCGCUAGUGAAGCGGAGGCAUGUACAGAAGUGAUUGGGCUGGUGGAGCCGAGUAAAUAACGUCACGCUCGUACUGCUAGCCAAAACAUUCAGUGUCAAAGAUCCCUCAGGUCUGCACAGCUGUUAAAGGAAAGUUUUCAAAACUGUUUUUAAGUCAUAUUAAGGAUGAACGUUCAGGGUAUUUUAAGUAACUGAUUUUAGGAAAUUUUAACAUUUAAUCAAAGAUUAUUCAUUAAAAAAUUUACUCAGAUUUUUUCCAAUUCCAAAUGCGUUUUUUCUAAAUCAUGUGUUUUUUACCCAGAAUACCAAAAAGGUGGGUGAAAUGCAGGGUUGCCAGGUGUACGAUAAUCAUCGUAUUUGUACGAUAUAUUUGCCUUCUGUACGAUGUAAGAUCAGUAACCCAGAAAAAAAGGCUAAAGGUAUGAUAAUUUGACAGUUUUGUGAACGUGUGGUGCAAUUGGAUGGUCUCAGUCUACCAGACACUUUGUUUUUCCGUUUUAUUUGUGAACACUAAAGGCAUCGUUUGCCAUGUAAUGUUUCCAUCCAAUCAUAGUUUGAGUGACAUUAGUCGCCAAACAAUGAGCAUGAUUUGCUGUCAAUGAGCACCGCUGAAGAGAACGGUCAUGAACGGGAGCCAAUUCCUCAUGUGAGGACAAGUUGAUUUGUGUCUAAAAUAAAUUUCACUAAGUGGAGUCAAAUAUCUUUUUUUUUUUUCUUGUCAGUUUCUAUUAAUAUUGGUUCAAAAAGGCAGGUGGCCUCAAGGUCUCAUGAUUUGGCUCAUUAGUCAUUUGUCAUUUGUUUAAAGGGGACGCAUUAGCAUAACACUGAUGUGGGACGAGUCAGUAAAUGACCACAAAAUCGUGAGUGCCUAGGACACUAAAGAGAGUGAUGAUAUGUGACUAUCAUGCAACGGUGAGAUUGUUAUUUCGAUUAUAACUGGAGUAUGAUAAUUUUCCAAAAAUAUGAUAAUUUUGAGUCUCUGGUGCAAUAAUUCUAUAUUUCCCAUCUGGCAACACUGGUGAAAUGUGUCCAUGCUUUAUUGCAGCUGUGUAGGGCCGUACUGCUAGUUAAUAGCAACAAAAUAAUAUGAUGCUGUAUAACCAAGAUGUAAACAAGCACAGAUGAUCUGAGGUCAGAUGUCAGUAUUUUAGUCCAGAAAAUGGAAAUAAAGUUGUGCGGAGGUUCUGUCUGGUUAACCUGAGCACUCGAGUAGAAACAGAAAGUUGCCACUUCAUGAGUUCAUACCAAGUUGAUGACCUCCCUACUCACCUCCAAACUCUUAAGAAAGUAUCACCAUGGUCAUGAAUUAAUCUAGCACAGCUUCGAUAAUGCCCUAAAAUAAUGAGCAGUUUAUAUUCCUCAAACUCUCAUGUGUGUUGCAUUAAGGCUAGAAAAGCACAGACAACGAUGUGAUAAUUUCCCCAUUAAGCUCCAGACAGCUGAUUUAAUUUCCUUGUCUGUUUUUUAUGAUGUUUUUAUGAUGUGUUGUGUUUUGUUUGUUCUAUAAAGUUUGUCUUAUGGAGUCCAUCAUGUCUCCAACUGUGUCAGACGAGCUUCAAGUCCAUUUUCUGGUCCUAUACAUUCCUUCUUUGUGACACACAUCAGAGCCAGCUGUGUUUGUCUAAUGCUGGACAAGUGUGUGUGUGAUUCUUUCAUCGUCACAGGGGAAGUGUGCGCCUCUGAGUGUGUAAAUAUGUGUGUGCAUAUUGCAGCAGGCCACCAGUGUUCACUGACAGAUUGUCAUGGUCCAAAUGAAAGCAUGAUGUUGGGAGGCCGCGGGAGAAUCAGUGUUUAUAUUUUAAAGUCAGACCGAAGUCAUGAGGAGUAGAGACUCUCAUUAAAACCUAAUAUACAUUAGACUCUCAUUAUAACACAAUAUUGUUCCAGGGGGUAUAAUAUACUUGAUAAUUCACAUGUCAUAUGGACCACAGGGAUUUCACAAAGCUCAUUUAUGCUCCUUAUCCUCUGCUGGACCUGUUGACCUUAAGGGCUUUAUUUUGGUUCAGACCCUCUUUUAUCAACCACGAGCAUCAAAACACAAACAUCUGGUCAGGAGUGGAAACUGACCUCUGGCGUUAUGCUAAUAACCCAGUUUCAUUUUGAAGGGUUUAUUCAUUUAUUUACUUAUUGCUUUAAAAAAAACAAAAAAAAAAACUUCAAGAUAACCACUUUUUUUUUCUUCCAAAGCCAGAGAGAGAUAAGAAGAAAUGCAAAUAUUGGACACAACAUGCUGCUUCUUCCAGAACAGUCUGUUAUACUUUAUUUCCAGUGUGUUCAGCUUUCUUCCCUAUUUUUGCCACUAUUUUUCUUCUCAAACAAAAAAACAAAACAAAACAUGAGAAUGACGGAAUUUAUUUGAGUUCAUCAUUAUACCGACACUGAAUCCACCAGAUUCUAUAACUAGACCUGUUUCCAUAGCAACAAUAUGCAGCUGUGAGAUAACAGACCCUUGCUGUGCAGUAUUGACCAAUCAGAAUCAGGAGUUUAAUACAACCUUAUGAUAAGGCGAGAAUAAAGUAUAUUUUAAGGUUAUUUUAUUCACAUUUUGUUUCUAUUCAUAUUUUCACCAUCGUAGGACCUACCUAGGACUGCACAUCCCCAAAUGCUAUUCACAGUGUCUGCAGGGGAUACAAAGACUUUCCAUAUUUUUAUAAAAGUAUUCUCACCCUGAUUUUGAUUAUCACACCAUUUCUAAUCUGGUUUAUUUGGUCUUUUUCAGGCUCUGCCAAACGUCGCAGAAAGCAGGAUCAGUGCUGCGGUCAUCUCAACUCCCUCUCAGCUAUCAAAUAUGCCAUCGUCUCCCUCUACAUCCUAGUACUGCUCACCAUCUUUGGACUCUGCCUGGCAGGUACGUGUUUGUGGGUGCACUUAAAAUGUUGUUCUGGUGAUCACAUCCUAGGCUGUUGGUGGAUGUAGCUGGAACCUUUGCAGUAGAAAUCAGGCCCAGUAUUGACCUUUUCUUUAUGAUUCCUCCCCUAGUCUGCUAAUCCAGUGCACACACCACAGCAGGAGCCACAUUUGUCAACAUAGCUGUCAGUCAUGGCGUUUUAUCCAUUUUAUUGCAUCUAAUUAUUACUUAAAAUCUCUGAAAUAGUCGAAAUUAUAAAAACCAACUUUAAUAAUGGAGACAAUGUCUGAGAAAAAUGUUUUGACAUAAUCUGAUUUUUAACUGUGACACAUAACCCAUCUGUUAUGUUGGAGGCGGGCUUUUAAAACCUAUACUGCAGCUAGUCAACAGGGGGAGCUCUAAAUGUCAGUUUCACUGUUUAGGAGUCUUUACAUCAUCUAAAUUUUAUGGAGUAUGGUUGGUACAAACCAUAUAGGUUUUUGUUAGCAGCCCCUCAAAAAUGUGAAAAUGUAGCAAAAAUAAAACAAAAAAACGAACUUUUUUUUUCUUUCCUUGGCGAUCUACAGAUGUCUUAGUCCAAAGGAAAAGAAAAUAAAGAUCAAAAGAGACUUGAGAGUGAGUGCUGUAGUUUUCUACACAGCUCACACUGAAAUAAAGAGCACAUUGUCUGUUUAUUGUCCUCAGAGCCCUGUUAUGUAGAUGACAUCACCAUCCCUCAAGGUCGAAGUGUAAUGGACACACACAUAGACCACAAGACCCACUUAGUCUGAAGUAACACUCUGGGAUGUGGUCUGAAACCUGACUCCCAUUUUAAACUGUCUGUUCUGGUUUAGCAUUGAGAACAUACAAACACACAUACAGCGACUACAGUCAUGUUAAAUACAGCCUAAACUCCAGUAAUGUGAAGCUCUGCUGGUGAUUUUAUGAACUUUAUGACUCUUAUUUGGUGGUUUUGCUGCCAAAUCGGUUGAAAUGUUUGACAUGUCAUGUCAGGAAGCACAGAUCUCUGUGUCUCUUAGAGGCAGCCAACAUCUGUCCAUGAAGUUUUCCUGAUCUGAAAAGGAUUAUGGGUAAUUGUCUUCUUUUUGUUCAUCUCAGACUGAUGAAGGAAUUUAGCCUGAUUCAAAAACUGGCACCACAUCAGAUUUUCCAGAAGAUUCAGACCACGAUAAUGUUGUUUAUACAGCCUGAGAAGGGUCAGGUUUCAACACUCAGCAUCUCUUGAUUGUAGAUAAAGUCAAAAGCAGUUCUAUGUUAGAAAAAAAUUCAGGAAGCAUGGCUUGAUUUUUAGUGAUUUGAUCCAUCAGUACCAGUCUGAACAUGCCACUUGAACAGCUUAUUCUAACUCCAGUCUGAUAGCUCCUCAGUCACUUUGUGUUAAAUUAUGACCCUCUGAUGAUUUGCCUGAGAGUUUUACUCAACAUGAUGUUAUAAAAAAUCAAUUAGUUGCAUUAAUUUAACUAAAACUAGUCUGACUGACACUGCACAAAGCUGAAUAUCUUGUAGUCAAGACCAUAACACGUCUUGAUACUGCAGUAAGGAAUCCGUUUUCCCUUGCAUUUUAGACGCACACCAGCAUAGAUGCUCUGCAUGCACAUGCUUUCUCAAGAGAGUCAAACUAUACAUAGAAAGAAGCUAUAGCAGUAAAAUGAAGACAAUGAUAUUGGAGCACAAACAUGCCUGUAAAGUUUUGCAUCUUUGUGCAGUUUGCUCUUGUGUUGUUUCUGACUGCUGAGAGGAGCUGUCAGCAUCUGCACUGUUUGCCGUUCAGAGUCUGCUGUGCAGUUUCAUUCUUAAAGGGCUCACAUGCUGGUACUGCUCACAGCUGUUUGUGAGUAAGAGAUUUUGUUGCAACACUGUCUUUCAGUUUAGGUGAGCAAUCUAUUUGUGAAAACUGGUCCCCCAGCAGAAGGAAGAUGCAAAGUUCUAUGCAGAAGAAGCUCUAGUAAAUGCAUUUUCAGUAUGUUUAAAUGCAAUGAUUGUAGCUUGAUUGAGCAAUUUAACUGGACUACUCUCUGUCCCAGUUUACAAGCACUAGGCGAUAAUCAAAUUAUUGACAGAUGCACAUACCCCUCAGCUACAGCUGGUGGCCACAUGCCUGUUUUAGCUUAGCAUAGCAGACAUGUUAGCAAGAAUGAAAACACUGUCACUUUUACUGCUCUGAUAUAACAGCCCCAUCUUUUUUCACAGCCUUUCUCCAUGUGUUGAGGUUUUAUUUACCACUCAGCUUCCUAGCAAUGUAUUCAUGCUGUUUAUGCUAUCCAAACUUUUGGGCCUGUGCAGAACACCCAGGCCAGUUUCCGUCCAAGUAAGAGUAUUUAUGGAAAAGAAAACUGAUCCCUAAAUUCAUUAUUCUGAAAUGUUGGUUUGACCACGAAUAUUUGAUUUAGUGUAAUUUUGGGUGGACUAACGUGUUGACUAGGGAUGGAAUCACCAGUGGCCCCACAAUACGAAAUUAUCACAAUACUUGGGCCAUGAUACGAUAUUCUUGCAAUUUUUAACAUUUUUCAAUAUAGUGAGUAAUGCAACACUACAUGUUGCGAUCUAUACAAUUUUUUCAACUGUUUAGCUAAUUUAGCAUUUGUCUUUCCUUUGUGUUUUUCUUAUUUAUGCUGUAUUUUAUUUUCAUGUAGCACAUCUUGAAAACCUUAUCUUUCUCUCUCUCUCUCUCUCUCUCUAUAUAUAUAUAUAUAUAUAUAUAUAUAUAUAUAUAUAUAUAUAUAUUUACACUAACUUUCUCCUGCUCUAUGAUGUCACCUCUGCCAACCUCACUGGACAAACAGUUGAUUUUAUUUUUCCAUUAUCAUAGAUUUGACUUCAUAUUAACAAUUAAUUUAAAAAAAAUCAAUACUUGGUAAAUGAGACGAUACGAUAUAUCACCAGACAAAAUAUUACGCUGAAUCAAUUUUUAAACAUCAGUUUCAGUCAGACUGUUGCAGUAGGUCUUUUUUCUGCUGAUACUGUCUUACGUCAUAUCAAAUGAGAACAUCAGAUCAAAACAGACUCACAUCCCAAAAAUAUGGUGUUAAAUAAAAGGCAAAACGUCCAGAUUUCUGCUCUAAAGUUGUCAGGGACUUGUGUCUUACUGAAGGAUUACGUUAUGUAAUAAAGGAUGGAGAGUAGUCAUUACCACCAAAACACUUCCCCAGCUGUAAAAAAGUGGAAACUACCCGGUACCAAAUCAUUCACAGUGCUUUCCUGAGCAGUUGUAGGUACAAACAGAGUGUCGUCCAAACACCACAUGUUGCAGUGAUUGGAACAAAUAAUAGAGACCAUAAUGUGGAAAUGUGGGCCCAUGAGUUUUGGAAAAUUAGCAUUAGCUUUUGUUUUUUGUAUCACUGGGUUAGUAACAUGGUGCUGUAAUAUAUUCCAUCAUCUUCAGAGCUGCUGCAGACCUUUCUCUGUAUCCUGGUUCAUUUGGAAAAACCCUGGCCUGCUGCCCCAGUAGCCUCAUGGCCAACUCACUCCUGUGUGUGUGUGUGUGUGUGUGUAAAUGAGAGAGCUCUGGAGGUGUGUAAGACUUUAUAGCUAUUACCUUCUGCGAAUCCUGCUGAGGCCUCCUUGUAAAUGUCAGCUCUGUUAUUAGAGGAAGGGAGGACAAAGAGAGGCUGAUAGAGACAGAGAGAGAAGGGGAGAGAGGAGGAGAAAUUAAGGCAGAUGGAGUUAGAAAGACAAGUGACAGACCCAGAAACAGGUUUAUAAAGCUGUCUGGCUCAGUACCAGCAGUAGAUCCUGGAGGACUCUGCGCCCUUACUAAACCUAAUUUCAUUUCAAGACCUCCCUUCCCCCAAGCUGCCGUAACCACAGGGCUGGUGCCACUAAAUUCCCAGGCUUGGAGAUGUAGUUUGGAGCUGCUCGGCUGUCGUCACAGAGCGAUCUGGUUGUUUAAGGCUUUUAGAUGAGGUUGUUUUAGAAAAGCAAUCAAACUGGGCUUUUCAAACGACCUCUCUUCAAACUAAAUGCCAGCCAUCCAAAAGUCAGUCCACUUUAGCUGUACAGGAGGCCCUUCAAACACACUCAAAGUCGCUGCCAGCUCUCCAACAUGAACACAGACUUAACUUAUCCACAUUUGCUUUUUGUUUGAAAUCUUGACUUUGACUUCUUGUUUUUUUUCUUUCUUCUGAGUGGCCUCCUUGGCUUUCUCCCAACUUUAAGGCCCUUUAAGCAUCUUCUGUGCAUUCAAACACAACCAUACUUCAUUGCUGGAAGGAUCACUGAGCCUCAUCUUUCAUUAGAAACAUCUGCAUUCCUGGCAUGGUUGGUGAAAUAUAGCAUUUUCAAUGUCAGGGCUUCUGAUCCUAAAUCUUAGCUCUGGAUAAGCAGAAGGGAGGAGGGGGGAAAAAAGCAGAAACAGGGCAGAUGAAUUCUAAAUGACAGGAUGAAUCCUCCCCCAUUCAUCAUGAGGGUCAGGACAGCUUUAUCAGGCUGCUAUCUCCAAGUAGAGUGGACUUCAGAUAGCUUCAGUCAAAAGAAGAGGCUUUGGUCACAUGUUAAAAGCCAGCUUUUAAGCCUGAGCUUUAACAUCCUCGAGCCAGGAGCCAGACUUUUAUCAUCUCCGAGGCGCCUGCUGGAGAAACGUCUAUCUUUGGAGUUACUUGUUGUGGCUGAAGAAGAGGAGGACCAUUACUCAGGAGAUGUGCUUUGUCUUCUGUAGCAUUAAAGUGACACUGGACCACUGUACAUGUUGGCAAGCGAUUGGUGGCAUGAUGUAACAUUUGAAGAUUUGACUUCCCAGAAACCCUGUGGGCAGAUCCAAGUCAGAACAACUGAACUCUGUCCUCCCUGUGAACACCUACACAUGGGAAGUGCCAGAUUCUUCUUUUGGCGCUUGCCCUGCAAUGCAUACAUUACAUUAAGGGUUUUAAAAGGUAAUUAUUUACACCAGGGCACUGUGAACUUCCAGUAUUUCUUCAAGUCCUAGUGACUUGUCAGUUUGAGCCACAGACAUCCUUGGUCAGGUUCCUUCUUGAUGCCAUACACUUAGUUCUGCGCGCUUUGCAAAACAAUGACGUGAUGCAUCCUAAGAGGCAAGGGCACUCCAUAAAAGUAGAGUCAUAAAUAGAGUCAAGGAUUCUGGCACCUUCUUUCGAUGUGCAAGGGGAGGGUAAAAAGUAGGGAUGGGCGAUAUGGGCAAAAAAAAUUUAUCACGAUAAGAUUUGCCAUUCUGGCGAUAACGAUAAAAGUCCAGAUAAAAAUAUUACAAUUACAAUUUAUAUUUUUGACUCAUUUUGUCUUGAGAACACCAGUUGGCAUAGUCAAAUAAGAUACUUAACCACAAGUUUGAGUGGAAGGUUAGGGAGAAAACUAAUGACAUCAAAGAAGUCUCCAAUGUGAAAACAUUUUCAACAUUUGUUGAAAACUCUAAUUGAACAGAGUGAACAGCAGCAGAUCCACUGUCCGAUGUCAGGCAUACCUGAUUGCACUUGUCCAAACCUCAAUCUUGAAGGCAAUCCAUCAUGUGGAGCCUGGUUCAGUAACAAGCUGCUGAGAAACGUGUUUCUCAUGUUUGUUUGCUAUUCUGCUAUGUGUGGGCUACGGCUGCGAGUCCAUUGCUCGCGCUUACAUUAUCAACCUGCAUCUAUCGUAUUCAUCAUGAGAUGGCAAAUAUUUAUCAUGAAAGAUUUUUCUGAUGACAAAUCAUGAAUGAUAAUUUAUCGCCCAUCCCUAGUAGAAAGGUCUAAAAAGAUUGAAACUCUGGUAACACUUGCAGGUAAUGAAUUACUGUAUUCAAAAAUUAAUGCUUUUCAGCUCGGAGCUUUUACCAGGGCCAUUAUAAAACAUACAACAUGAUUUGAAUAAGGUCAAUUUUCACAUCUAAUCAAAUGCAGCUACAUGGAUGUUAGCCAAUGGGGUCGCUGCAUGAUAGACUGGGCAUGUAGUCAGGUAGAUUCAGGCCAGAUACUCAUCUGGUCAAGUGUCCAAUGAGGGACACUGGUGAUGAUAAGUCCAUGAAUGGUUAUGCAAAUUGCUAAACCAUUUGGCAUUCUCUGCAGCUGUAAACUUGUGUGAAGUUCUUGGGUUAAAAUUUGGUAAUUCAUCCUCUUAUUAUUUAAUUUUUUAUGGGCUAUCAAGGUUUAACCAAUAAUUGUAUUGCAGGAAACCACACCUUCCUACUUGAUUAGGGCCAAUUUGUUUAAAUCUUGAGUGAGACUCUGAAAACUUUCCUGACCUUCUUAAAAAGAAAGCAGAUGCAGUUUCUGUCUAAAGCUGCUCUGUUUAUGUUGUCUCACCACGAGCAUUCAUGCCGAAUGUUAUACCAACAGCUGAAAGGUGUUAACUCCUUUUUUAUGUUGCAUAACUUUGUUCAGAUGUGCAUCCAAGCUAUUGCCAUAAACUUUGGAGAUCUGACCAUCCUAAAGAUGACUUCAUACUCAAGUCUUUAUUGUCAUUUUUGAUGGAAAGUAACCAUGGCAACAGUUGUGGUUCUCCUUGCACUUGUAGCAGGACUGAAACCAAAAACAGAUUUAAUUUAGAAACAUAUAAGCACAAUGCUCCAUCUUAUCUCUGGAUUUGAUUAAAUAAUCCAGAAAAGACCAAAAUGUUUUAAUAUCCUGUGUUUCUUCACUUCACUGUUCAAACCCCAAACAACAUCUCUGAUUUCUUGAAAAUCCAUCUCUUUUCUGUGGAGAAUUAGGAUGUUUUUGUUUGCUUUGAGGCCAGACUUUACUGCGAAUACCUCCUGCAACAUCUGGAGCGAGUUCCCUGAAAAACAGGUUGUGUAAAACACCAAACAUACACAUGUAACAGCAAGAGAUUAGCCCAUAUAUGGGCUUACAGGCAGAGCUAGGACUGAAAAGGGCCUGGGUGUUCAGAGCAGUAGGAUUAGAUGGUCUUUGCACAAUUUGUGCUUUUAUGAGCUGGAUGGAGAUCACAGGCAUUUGAAAGUAUCUGUGUUCUUUGGUCUGGACCCACCUGCUAUUUUUACUCCAGGUUUAACUGGCACCUGAAUGAUUGGUGACAAGAGCCCCACGUUGUGUUUCCAGGUUUAUUUUCCACCAGUGUGUGUUGCAGAUCUCCAAACAGAGCCGACAUGCUUCUCUGCAGCUUGCUGUGUAGGUGCAGCUGAGUCAUGUUUUCCAGUCAGAGCAAACAUGCAGCUCUCAGGUUUGGCGAGGUUCUGCUCUUUUCCUCAGCCAUUUAAUUGCUGGAAAACAUGAUGUUGAGUUUGUUAUUCUCCUUAUAAGCCAUGAAAUCUUUGAGCUUGAGUUUGUAUCCUUCACUGAUAGCUAACAGGCAUGUUAUUGCCAGGCAGAAGUAAGCAAUGGACCCCCGGCACGGAAACAGCUCAGGGUUAUUUUGCCCUCAGUAGAAAAUGAUUUGACCGUGCGUUUGUUAUCAUCAUUACAUUUACGCUUUACAUCAAAAUUUCCUGCAACAGAGCGAUGAUAAAUUGGCUCGAGGACAGCAGGAUAUUCAUAGUUUGAUAUUUUGACAGUGUUUUGUUCUGUUGCUAUAGACUGAUUCAUAGAGACUUGUCCACCACAUCAACAGACACUUCAGUAAAUAAGAGGUGGGGCUAAGCAUGGACUUACAUAACAGGUUAUACUUUGACAAAUCAGAGUAGUUUGUCUCUUUUGUCAUCUCAGCUCUUGCUGGUAAGUUUCAAGAUUUAUAUCAAAAGUUUAAAAUGUGAAACAUUGCGAUCUAAUACUGUCAAACUAGCUGUGUUGUUUUUCUUGACUGUGUUGCUCUGGUAACCGUAUAUCUGUUCCUGUUACAUGAUGCUCAAGUCAAGUAGUUUUAUGGCAGUUUAACCAGACACAGCCUUGAUUUUCUAGAUUGAAAUACUAAUAAACCUGGGGCGCUACUGGCUUUGCGGUCUAAUCCCCUUAUAUGGAGGUUAUGCCCAUGUUUUGGCUUCUUGUGAACAUGCCACUUCUCAUUCUCCCUCCUCAUUUCCUGCUCUACCUGCUGUCCUAUCAUCUCAAUUAAAUGGACUUCAAGCCAAAAGAUAUACCAUGCUGAACCACUAUUUGCCAUCUUUGCAUUUAAGUAUUACGACACUUCGACUAGUGGCAGCUGGAUACACAACAGCUUAGAUAUGACCAGCAUUUGAUCAACAUUUAGGAUCAACAGUAAUGAAAACAUGGAUAAUCCUUUUAACUGAUCCAGGACACUGAUACUGACUAGAGAGGUUUAAUGCUUUAAUCAACUUAACACAGAUCCCUACCAGCUCAAGAGAAGCACUCUGAAAGUGGGGUAGUGUGCAUUGCUACUGCAGAAAAUGCUGUUAGUGGACACAGGCCCUAACUCACCUCUUCUCUGCCAGCUUUUCUUCGGCUUCAUGUUUCACAGGCAAAAAUCUUGAGACCUGAACUCCUUAUAAAUACAAAUAUAUACCAUCCAUAUAAAUGAACGACGUCGCUUUAAUGCCAUUUCCGCUGUGUUAUGUCUUUUAGCUACAUAAUGCAGGAGUUUUAUGCACAUAUGUCAGGAAUGUUAAUAUGCAUACUUUUAAUACACAGAAUUCUACAGGGAUUACAGGUACAGCUGCAAACAUGCCAGAUCCAGCCUUUAACUAGAUUUGACUUACUCUUUACUUUGGUCCUGCACUGGAAAUUAUUAUGUCUGAAGAGGAAAGCCCACCUUCUCUGCUCGAAAAACUCACACUAUUUUGAGACACUACUGAGGUGAAGGACGCUAAGAUACCUCACGAUUUGAAAAACAAACUCAGGCUCGGUUUACCCUGCCUCCAGUCUUUGGAUUAUGUUAGCUUCUUAUGGGAGCAAACACUUUUUCACAACAUGAUACGAGAUAAAACCUGUCCUGAAUGUAAACCAUAUGUGUUUGUGUAAAGAUUUUCUGUGGAGAAACUUUAAGAAAUUGAAUCUGACACCACAAAGUGCCACUUCUAACAACUUUAAAGCGGAACGUUAAAGGUCUGAAAGCACCCCUCUGUAAAAACAAUCAGAAAUUAGACUGCUGGAGAUGACGUGUGUCUUAUCCUCUGAUCUUGGCCUGUUUAUGUUCAACUCGGGUGUGAAAUUCUUUUCUCAAACAUACAUCGCCCGCAGGAGAGUAAAUCCUCCAUCACAGACAUGCAGACACGAGCAUAAAGAGACACACAUGUUCAGGCACACAUGCUUCCUUUUUGAUGUCUCUAUACAUGAAAGUGCACUGAAACACACAUCCAAUGCAAAACCAUAUCACUGCUGCAGAAAUUGUCGUAAGGCACAAAAACACACCAAGGAUAAACUUGUGCACAGAUCACGUCCACUCAAUCAUUGAAACCCGCUUGUAAAUAGUACAAACAGGUUUGCAUUUGUGCAAAAAAAAACAUGCUUUUGUAGUGUGUCAAAUCUCCAGUGUUAGAAAAAGCAUGUGCAUACUGUCAAAAAGGACCAGAAGACAUAUAUUCAUGAGCAUACUUUGGACAUACUUGUGCAAACAUAUACUGAGAUAUUCAGAGACAUGCACAGCCUCAAUCCAAAUACAUGACUCCAUGCAUCCAAAGGCACACACACACACACACACACACACACACACACACACACACACACACACACACACACACACAAAGACAUAUACUGUAUGUCAAAGGCAGAGACAGUGCCAGGGCCCCUAAAUCGACUUUGAGAACAUAAAGCCUCUUCUAAUGAGUUUCUGUGCCGCGGUCAUGCUCGUCUCUGUAGAAAAGAGUCUGGAGACCGGCCAGCGUUCGCAGUAGGAGUUCUUCAAGAGAGGAGCACACACACACACACACACAUGAAAAGAAAAACACACUUACACACAGAAACAUGCAGAGAAACGUCAGUCCUUCAGUCUUGGACCAGAGAGGUCCCAGAAGUCAAUGGACAGCCUCAUUCAGGCAGUCAGAGUCAAACACAGGUCAUUAACAUGUCAAGACUAAUUGGACCAGACCUUCUCUCUCUCUCUCUCUCUCUCUCUCUCUCUCUCUCUCUCUCUCUCUCUCUCUCUCUCUUUCUCUUCCUCUCUCAAUCUCUCCCCCUCUUACUCCUCAGGACUGCAUACAGCUUUUCAAAGUCGUCUCCUGGCAGUAAAUUUGCACAGAAAUGUUGCAGAAGUCUGAGCAGGCGUUGUCAUCAUGGUUGUGUGGUUGCACACUUGAAUUUCAGUCAAACUUUCUCACCAAUAACAGGGUUUUUGCUUGUUUAUUGGUGUCAUCUUCAGCAUGAAAAAUGGCCAGCAUAAGUCACAGUAAAUGGCAACAACAAGUUGCACCACAUCCUCAUAAAUCUUUGUAGUACUUUUAUUUAUGAAGUUGUGGAGCUUUGAAUUCAUCCAGUUGCUUACUUUGCUCUUAAGAAAUCAGAAAUUUGGACUGUAAAAAUGUUUCAAAGUGGUUUUAAAACCUCAUAUUGCCACUAAACAUACUUGAUAAACAUACGUCAUACCAGUGCCAUCAGAAACACCAUCUUCAUGGCUGUGCGGGCAGCUUGUUCAGUGACUUUGGUUAAAGCUGUAAAAUGACAGUCAUGUAAGAUCACAUUACUGAUGAGAGAAGAUGUUUUCCCAGAGAUAAAAUGGUAACUUUGGUGAUUCCUCAAAGCCACAGAGGAUCCUCACUGACGCCACUGUCCCACAAAGUCAAAAAGUACAAGUCAGAUAGGGCGGCAAAACAUCCUGCAACAUGGCAGCCUUUGUAGAAACAGUAAGAUCUGGUGUGAAAAGAGGGAAUGUCAUCUUGGCUUAAUGCUGCGUUCCAGUUACCUCAAAAGUCAGACAUCAAAGCUGGGAAUGACAUUACACCCGAGUUGAUGGCGUUCUAGUUCACAAGUCGGAAAACCAAGAUGGAUGCCUACAGUUAGUUGUUGUUAGCUGUUGUAUACAAUUGUAAGCUGUCAUUAGUCAUUGUCAGUUGUUGUUAGCUUUUGUCAGCUGCUGUCAGCUGUUGUUAGUUGUUGUCAGCUAUCCAGUUGUGAACAAAGCAUGACACAGUAUUUUACUCUUACAAACACCAUAGCACCGUGUUCACAGUUAGACGUUGGGCAGUAUAACUUAUAUCACUUAUUUAAUUUCACAAAAACAAAACAAAAUUGCUCAUAAAUAAUGCAUUAAGAGAGCUUUCACUAUUACUCUUUACUGUUGAUGUACUGUGCUGCCAUCUUGGAUUAUGACAUUGUCGUCAAGUCAGGGUUGGUGAGGCUCGUCCAACUUUCAGAGUUGGAAAUCCGACUUCUGGGGUGCGUUCCAGAUGAAUUUCCGACUCGGAGCUCGGAAAUUCCGACUUCGGAGUACAACUGGAACGCAGCAUAAGGACUCUUGGACUUAAUAGUUGGGUUGCUGGAUUGUGGCAGUUACCAAGUACAGAUAUUCAUAUAUGAAACCUGCACCACAGACAUUUACACAACUUUAAAAACUCCCCUAAACUUCUAUAGUCCAAACUUUUAAUCUGUUGUGCAUACUCAUGUAAAACAUUUUUUUUUUGUUUUAAGUCGCAUAAAUCAUUUUGAAGUCAACAAAAUCCCAAUUACAUCAAAGCUAAGUGUCAACUUGUUUAUCUUGAGUUGGUAGCUGAAUAACAAGCUGGAUAAUGUCCCUCAAAGAAUUCUUAACUAAGGAUUCUUAACAAAGAUAGUAAAAACAGUGGCUGUUGUACUUGCUGAGAGUCAAUAUGCCAGAAGUUUUGAAAUUUGAGAUGCUAUCAGAGCUAAGUUUCUAGAAACAAAGAAUAAUCCAAUAAAAAUGACUUGAAAAUGCAUCAUAUCUCUGGUAUGUUUUUCUACCUAAUUUAAAGCUCGAUGUUUUUCAGAAAGCCGUAGAGGUUCUAGCUCAGUGUUUUGCAGUUUUAAUUGUUCUGUAGUGCAACAACAUACUUUAUCUUGCCAAGCUGACACACUUUCUUCAAAAGACGAGCUGUUAAAGUUCACACACUCAGUCCAGUUUUCAGCCAGAGAAGAUUAUGAGUUACAAUAAAGCUCAGUGCUGCGGCAUGAAAAUAACUAAGUUAACACAGCAGGCGUCGCUGACAUCAGCUCUCCUUUUUUUAAAAAAAAAAAACAGGGGAGUAAAGCUCCAGAGAUUUACAGAGUGAUACAGCAGGCGCCUAAAUUAGUCCUCUAAAGGCCUUUUUUACUGUUUUACAAGACGACUAAUUAAGCAACAACAGAUUUUAAAGAUUCUGGCAAGCUGAACACAAGGCUGACACACACACACACACACACACACACACACACACACACACACACACACACACACACACACACACACACACACACACACACACAGCAGGGAGUUCCAUUCAGCAGAUUUUGGAGUUGGAGCAAACUAUGAGGGAGGAAGCUGAUUUCAAAGCGACGCCUUCAAAAUAAAACUCAAAAUGUUCAAAACUCAAAUGUCGAAAAAUGUUUAAACUGCAAAGUCAAGUCUAUUGAGUCUAAGUUUAUAUUAGGAUUUAGGAUAGAACAGCUGAAAAAAAGAGAGAUAGUGAAGAGUAGCGAGUAGAGGAAGACAUGCAGCAAAGAGCCAAUGCUGGAAGUCGAACCAGCGACCCCUGAGACCAAGAGUGUAGCCUCAGUACAUGGGGUACAACUUGUAACCUCUCAGUCUAACAGGUGGCUGCAGCAUACUCUUAAAAAACUGAAUAAUAACAAAUAAUGUGCAAUAUUCAGUGUAUAUCUACUGAUGCUGAAAAAAAAAACUAAUGUUACAAAUGUAAGAGACUCUGCAGUGUAAAAAAAAGGGGCCAAACAUCUGCAAGCUUUGUGAGACACUCAGAUUUUCCUGAAGAAAAAACUAUUCAGUUCACAAAAUCGUGCGGUUAAUUUCAGGAAAAGAAAAUGACAAACAGUAAACAGGUUAUAUGAGUUCAUUACAUACAGCCACAGUUGAACUGUUUAGUUCUAUUUCUGGUGAGAAUCAUCUCCAAAACUCUUGGAAGCCUUCCUCUCUGCAUUAAAUAUUUAUGAAGCCAUUUUAAAAAUGAUUCGACCUUCAGUGUGAACAGUCUUCUAGCUCUGCUGCUUGUUGCUCUUUUGAUUGGUCGAGUAGUGCUAAACAUUGGCAGGAAGGUUUAUUAUUCUUUCCAGCAUUAUGUCUCCGCCUGCAAUUUCCUGAGUCUCCAUUUUGAGGUAUUAACCCCAAGCUGUUGUUUCUCAGUGCACGCAAAAGGAUGUUUAAAUUUCAUGACUGAAAUGGCCCAUGAAAUUAAACAUUUUUCCUGCUUUGUUUUCAUACAUUAAACAGUACAGCCCUGUUUACAUGGUUUCUGUAAAAACACUGGAGUAAGGUGAUAAAACUUGUCAGCCGCAACGCAUUCAGCCAAAACAUCCUACAUGUGUCGAGCACUUUAAGAUGUUUGUAGGCAAAAGUGGGAAGAAGUCCUGGCAUGAGUUCAUCAAAAAGGAGUUUAUUCAUGCGUUUAGUGCUUUAAGUAUUAACUGGACUAUUUUAGGGUAUGAAUGUUUCAUUGUCCUCUUCAUCAUGAUGCUUCUCAGUGUGGGGCUGAUGUAGGGAUGGUAGAAGAUGAGAAAAAGGUGACCACUAUAUCCUCACACAGCUGUUCACCUCAAAAACUGCAGCCCGAAACCAGCACUAAGCUCUCCAUCAUGCAGACUCUCUUUCAUGAGCACUCUCUUAGAUACAUGCAGAAGUAGACACACACUGAAACACACACAAUAAUAAUUAAAAAAAAAAAUACUAGAUGUAAGAUUAUUUUCAGGCCUUGGUUUUGUUUGGAGAGGGUAGGACAGCAGCUGGAGCAGGAAAUGUGGCAAAAGAGCAAAGGAGCGGCAUGUGGAAAAUGAGCCACAGAAGCAAAUCUGGGUUGGCUAUCUGAGGCAUAACAUCUGUAUAUGGGGUUCAAGUAGACCACUAGACCAGUGGUGUCCCACAACUAGUUUUGUUCACAGCUCACAAAUAUAAGAUAAGAGAAGAUGUUCCUUUAAUAGUCUCACAGGGGGAAAUUCCAAAUUUACAGCAGCAUAGUACGGACACAAAAAGAGAAAUUAAAGGAUAAGGAAACUUAGAGUUAAGAAAAAGAUAUGUACAUGAGUCAUAUUUACAUGAGUACAGAAUAUACAACUAUAUAACUCACAAUGCUACUGAUCAUGAUGUCCCCAUAUAUUCAUAAAGACUGAACUACCCAUUAUGUCCACACUACAAAAUCCAGUCAGCAAGAAUAAACAAAUACAGCCAACUUAUGUAAAGUGAGACAAUGGUCAUCAUUAGGUUACCGUCGGUUAAAUGUUUCGUCUUGUGCAUACAUGAUCAUAAGUAUGUCAAUUUCAAAAGUCCAUUUUCAUUGUCAUCAACAUAACUCAUACAGUGACCUGUGUUGAAAGUUGGCCAUUAAAUGUGCUCAGCCUGAAAUCCACAGAGUCAAUAGUAAUUCACCACCUUGUAGCUGCACCUGGUUCUUAAAGGGAGUGUUGAUAUUUGCAUCUAUCCUUGACGUCACUCCUGACAAAAAAAAGGCCACACGAGGAGAACCUGGUCUUUCUAUUGUACAUACAGAAACAGAUGAAUCCAAACACAGGCAUGAACACAACUAUUAAGUCAUUUAGCUCCCACAGCACAGCCUCACUUUGAAGCCCACCACAUCAGACACACUAAGAAAUCAAACAAACCCCACCACCAUGACUGCUGCUGCUGCUGCUGCUGUCACUUCAUCUGGACAUCCCUGCAGCUGAGCUACAGCUGGCUGAACUCCACUCACUCACUCACAUAUAUUCUACAAACAUGUCUGCAGAGAAUGAACAACAUAAAUAAUUUAAUUAUGACAUGAAACAAACAGUCAAGCCUCACUCCUGAUCAGCACCUGCCAUGUUAAAUUCCCAGAUAUUUUUUUAGCGUAGCCUGUUUUAAUACACAGAAAGUUCAAGUUUCUGUUUGAAUAACAUAUUUUCAUUUCUUUAAGGGGAGUUCUGCUGUGGUUCAGCAGUGGUUUGUAUGAAGCCACAGCUGAAGAAACAGGCUUUGUGUAACUAUUUACAACCAGUCAUUAAUCAAUUAUGUUCUAUACAAGCAGGCUGCACACACUUUUAAAAGCAUGGGUUUGAGACCUCAUGCCAAACAUGUGGUUUGUGUAGCUAUAGUCCCUUUCCAGUAAAACACCUUAAAGUAGCUUUGGUGAGGUUCGAUUCAUAUGGAGCCAUCAGCAGAAAAUAACUCUAAACAUAAAUCUAUCUUUGUCAAACUAAAUGUGAUGUGUUUGUAUUAGCCCCAAACAAAAAAAAGGUUUCUAAAUUAUUGUGCAAUUGUUUGUGACACUGUUUGGUUAACCCAAAUUAUGGACAAUUAUUGGUUUCGAACCUGUUUUCUUUCCAGGACCUCAGCUAUUAGUUUUUGACUUUUGUUUUGAAGCUGACAAAUGGAGCUAGUGGACUUGAGGUGGAUCUGGUUAGAGGGGCUGUAGGACUGUCAUGACAGACCUGCAGAUAGAACUUCAGAGAUCUCUCAGGUUGAAACAGAUCUCAGUCAAACAGACUCUUGACUUAGGCCACGUUUAUACAUAACCAGUUAUUUUUAAAAACAGAGAUAUUAACCAUCGUUUGUACCCUUUGUUUAGACGCAAACAGGGAAUUCACCUCUGAAAACAAUGCUUUUUAAAGACUGUGGCCAGAGUGGACUUUUUGGAAAACUGCUGCACAUUUGCAUAAACAGAGAAAAACAGACAUUUGGGUAGCCAACGGCAGAUUGUAGGCUGGACACUGCAAAGUUGUUUCCAAUCUACAGUCCAUUUGUACAAUCUAUUUGUCAUGGAUGCAUGCAGAAUAGCAGUUGCAUUUAUGUUGGUGCAAUCCCUUUGUAUUUGUUUGCAUUUGCAAAUACAAGUGCUGUACUAUGUGGAGGAGCAGAGAUGACUGAGUGCUCAAAGGUCAGCAAUGUUGCAGCAACUUCUCUCUCCGACAUGAAGCGUGCCCCAGCGUUUGGGUGUGACCUGGGCGCACUGCUGUCUGGUAGGAGACCCUUGAAAAUGAAAUGGUUCUGCCAGGGGAGCCGCGUAAAAAUUUCUGGAUGUCACGGGCAUCACUGCUGUCACUCUUCGAGUUGCUGCGCCUACAGGUUUGGCAUGCUCUUGACAGUACAAGGGUUGGUUUAAUCGAAAACUUUUCUGAAGACGUAGUGGUGUGCACUCAGUUUUUUGUUUUUUUGUUUUUUGCAAAUGGAGAGGGUGAAAUGUUCGUCGUUUAUGAAAAUAGCCGGGCAUGUGUAAACGUCAUCUUAAUCAGAUGCUGAUACCCACAGGUAUGUAAAGUUCAAUGUGUUAGUGUUUGUCACGUUAUCUCCUCCAUUCUGCUAAUCGAACUAGAAUCGUAGGCGCCACAUUUGACGAGAGUCAUGCUGGUUUUUACACUGAAUUUCCUGCUGUUGUCACUCCAUCCAUCAGCUUCAUAUCACUCUGUCUCAAAGAUAAGUAUGUCUGACAGCUUUUCCUCAGAAACCUUCAAAGAGAUAGUUGUAUACGUGUGAUUUUCCACAUUCAGACAUGCCUGAAGCCAAAUAAGAUCAUGAGACAACAACAGGAGGAGGUUUGUUUUUUUUCAUGUCAUCAUUCCUGGUUUUAUAAAUGUAUCUCGUCUCCCUCCAGUUCCCAGAAAAGUCAUUUAAUGAAAACAAACACUCACGUCUAAACAAUCACAGUGUGUUCUGUCUGUGCUGGUGGACAGCUGGAGCUCGCCUGUGUGCGUUGUUGUGUCUGUGGCUUGUUUGUGUAUUGAACUAUCCAGUGUGGGGUGUGAUUGUUUAACCGAGCUAAUCGAGCGUGAUUAAUUGUAAAGCUGUUUCCAUUAGAGCGGUUUUAGAUCCAACACAGACACGGCUGUGAGCAGGAAGAACAAACACAAUCGCUGACAACUUUAUCUGAUGCCAUCUAUCUCUAAAACAGGCCAGCACCAACUCCCUCAAAUAAAUAGACUGUGCUUCUACUCUGUUAGAAAGUGUUUUGGGUAGGGUACAUCACUUAUCCUUAAUAUAAAGGGUAUUAUUUAACUUUUAAGUCUUCUAAACACUGGUAAAGUUUGGACCCUGCUGGCCUCUUUAUGAAAGCACAUGAGAGACAAGGGGAUUUGUCUGUAAGAUUGAUUUGCUGCUGCUCUUCCUCCCACCACCGGUGCUGCCGUGUAAGCUCAUGAAAGUUGGGGAAGGUUUGCCUGAUGUGGUCAUUUUGAGAGUUAUCUUGCCGAUGCUGCUCUGCCUGCCUUUGCUUUUCAUGCAUAGCCGUAAAACAUGGGAGGUGUGCUUUCCCUGCUGCAAGCUUUGGUGUUCCACGCAAACACAAAGAGCUAAGCUCUCAGUUUUGAGAAUUGCUGCAGCUUCCUAAUUUAAUUUUCACAUCUCACACAUUUUAAUUCAUACCCAGUUGCUUGUAAUUGACCCUGACUCCAGCUAUGAAUCUAUCCUUUUGUAUUCUUUCAUUUUAAUCCACCUAUUAUUUCUUUCCGCCUUAUGAUGAAGGUGAAAGAAAACAAGCUGCUUGAGAAUCCUGUAAUUUCAUUCUUAUUCACCACUGGAAGACUUUCAGGUUCACAGAAAGGCCCUUUCUUCUUUGUUUCCUUCCCUCCUUCCUGCCGCUGGCAUCCCCUCAAAGUCAAGUGGGAUGUUGGUUGAGUUCUGUCUGGAUGGAGGUGACUGAUAUCCCUCUGUUUCUCUCACUUACACUUCAAAACAUGAAAGCUGUUGUGACAGAUGUGGAGUCCAUAUUACCCUUUAUUGUUGCUAAUAAUGUGAUUAGAGAGACAAUAAUUAAAAAUAGAUUUCCUCAAAAUGUGACAGAGGUGAUAUGUUUCCAUAAUAAGUAAAAUGUAGGUCGAGUUUUCACACACAGAUGUUGAGGACACAUGUGGUAAACUGACUGUUUAUACACGAGAGGACCAGCUGUUUUAAUAUUUGUCCAGGUUGCUAUUUUUCUCAUCCUCCCACUAAAGUCUGAUCACUUUCACCUCUGGCUAUUCGGUUAUGAACUUGUCUGAAUUUGAUUUGUAUUUCAGAGCUACAUUACAUGAUUUAAAGGGUCGUUCAAAAUAUUUUACACAGACAAGUCAAGUUGUUUUGUCGAGUGUGUCCUGGAGUUACAUUCAUACCUGGAGAAUCUGCAGUUUACAAUUUCUCUGCAGACAUUCAACGCUAAUACAAGAUGUAUGUAAUUGAUACACAACAGCCAAAAGUAGAGCCUUUGUUGAGGAUCUGCAGCCUCUCAGUUUCUUAUCUCAUCAUCCAUGCUGUGAUCUGACUGGGGAAGAGAGCUCUGAUAAUAAGGCUUUAUGUCUGUGGAUGCCCAAAUGUUGUCUGUGGAGGAUGCAAACUGGUGCAGCAUGCAGCAAAAUCGAUGAGUGCUCUAGAAGAACCCAUGCCAGAACAAGCUAAAUGUAUUUUAUAAUUAACUGUAAAUAUAAUCCAAUCUUGAUAGCACAUCUGAUGUUUUUGGAUCACUUACUUGUUGGCAAGGAUCUUUAAAUGACGUUCAAUUUCGAAGCAAACCAUAUCUUGUACUUACAUCAGUCAUGAAACACCACCAUAACCAAAACCAUCUCCUGUCAGGGGUUCUCCUGACACACCAUCUUAAGUUUUGUAGAUUUCAUUGUACACGUCUUUAGUUAGUCCUCCAGGUUUUGUGACUACAGUCACAUCCCUCCAACUUAGUGUAUAUGGUGUAAAGUCAGUGCUGAAUGAAUAAGAAAAACAGUAAGAAUGACAGACAUGCUUAAAAUGUCUCGACUCAACCGCAUUCCCAGUCUGUCUGAGUCCCUGAAAGUGCCUCUGUCCUGUCCUCUAUCGCAGUUUUGAUACCUGAUUCCCCUUUACCUCAAAAGGGUUAUUCAAGGUAUUUACAGAUCACUCUCAACAUCCAAGAACUGUUUGCUCUGGCCUUUAAGAGUUUGGGUUGGACAUCUGGAAGGUAGAGACAUGCUUCCAGAAGCUCAAUUUCAUCAAGAUAUUCUGGUAAGAGUCAAGUCAAAACCACCUCCACGCCCGUCGCUUAUCAGAGACUCCUAUUAAGAUUAAUGUCUGCGUGGAGGUGGAGAGGUCAGGAGAGGCUCUGAACUUUGUCCCAACACUGUCAGACAAGUCUGAUGCCUUCACGGAGGUCUGCUGAUGAAAGAGCUGUGAGAAAACAAUGUCCUCGGCUCAAUUAUCCUUCUCCAGUGAGGUGUUUUCAGUGGUUUGACCAAAACCUGACCACUGUUAGGGUUACUGGCUGAUAGAUAAAUGGAUGAAGUAGUUAUAUUUACAUUCUUUCUUUCAUUUGGGGAGAAACACAGUCAUAGUUGUGGUGAGAUGAGGGUUGAAAACCUCUUUUAUGGAUCACAAAAACAAAAGAUCAGCUUUUUAAACAGUUUGUCUUUUCAUAAAAGUCAGCAAACACUACCACACACAGUUAGCUCAAACUGGACCAUCAGAGUCACAAAAUCCACUUUAUCUUGGUCACGUGUUUGAGGUGUAUAUACCCUGAAAGAACCAUUUACAAUACAGUUUCAAAGGAAGUGUACCCAGCACUCUGAAUAAAUGAGAACUGUGUAUUCUAUGUACAGUAAUGAGCUGUAUGCCAAAUAGAAAAUGGGAAAUAAGAUCCUUAAGUAAUCAACCAAAUGGCUUAUAACCAAUUAUGCGGUUAUGGGAUUUAACUUCACAGUCAUGAUCAGCUGAUUAUAACCAACCCUUGCAAAAAUGAUAUGAAACCUCAGCUUGUCUUCACAGUUUCAAAUUCAGCAAUUUUUUUCUUUUUGUUUUGUUUUUUAAUUUUUAUUUUAAAUUAGGACCUUUUAAAGUAUGUCAUUUUUCUACCUCAUCCUUUUAUUCAUUAUGUUUUUUUUUUCAAUUAGGACCUUUUAAAGUUAGUAAUGUUUCUACCUUAUUCUUUUUGUUUGUUUUUUUUUUUUUCAUUUUUUAAAAUUAUUUUUAUUUUUUAAUUUUUAUUUUUUACUUGUUUUUUAAUUUAUUUAUUUAUUUAUUUUGGGUCUCCAUCUAUCUUUUUCAGAGUCCACACAUUUGUACAUUUUCACUCUCAGAGCCCUGGUCUUGUCUCUGCCUCUUGUACUGGCGGAGAUGUUUCGGGGUCAGGGAUUUUUUAAACCUCCUCCAUGCAGAGAUUUUCUCCAUCUCAGGUGUUGUCGAGUUAAUCUCUGAUGUCUCCUGGACCGUAUUGGGACAUCUUCUUUGCUGUCCGCCAGAGUGCUGUCCAGCGCAAGGGUGGUCUCUGUGUUGUCCUUGCUCAUCUGGCUGUCCUUCUCCUUUCUGAGCUCCUCCAGCUCCACUCACAGGGCCUGACUGACCUCUCUCUGAUCUUUGAGUUUAGAGGUCAGCUCAAGUAAGCUGCUGGUUCUUUCUUCCAGUUGAUUUUUGAAGUUCUCCUGCUCCUCUGUGUCAGAAGUCUCUCUGUUUAAGGCCUCUGUCUGCAGGUUGUUCAUCUUCUGCUCCAGUGAUUCCUUUUCUUUUGUCAGCUGAAGCUCUUUGUUUUAUUGUCUGGAAAAGCUGGUCCCUGACUUCCUCCAGCUGUGUCUGGAGGUUGCUAUUCCUCAGCAUCCCUGCCUGCAGCUGACAGUUGUGAGACACAACAAGAUUUGGGACCUCUUGCAUCUUGUCUGAAUGAUUUGAUUCAUUCUUGGCUGUCCUCAGGACCUCUGUCCGGGGGGGUUCAGCUCUCACACAUUUAGCCUGCAGCUGGCUGUUCAAAGAAGUAAUGAGCUCUGAUAUCUUCUGCUUGUUAUCAAAGUUUUCUGUUGCUCUGCUGUGCACAUUUUCAAGCAGGGUCUUCACUUCCUGUUCCAGAGCAAGUUUCUCAGUCUUCAACUGAGGAACUUGCCUUAAGAUCUUGCUGUGUUGCUCUAGAACUGUACACCUCAGCUUCGCCUGUUGUUAUUGGAGGGUGUUGGCUCUCAGUCUUUCAGCCGGAGGCUCCUCCUUGAGAGACGCAACAUGGUCUUUGAGGGCCUGCAUCUCAGCACUGUUAUCAGCCCUCUCAGCUGGAGCUCUGGUGGGUAGAGUUGAAUUUUUUGCCCCCCUUUAACUUUCUUUAAUCUUCUUCUAGUGUCAUCUUCGUCAUGACACUCCUUCCAUCUCCAGACUGAAAGGCGCUGCUGUUGGUUCCCAGAUGUAGAGCUCUAAGUUCUUCUUGAGCUCCCCCAUUUCCUUCUCCGUGGCCUGUUUGGCUGACUCGUGUCCCCUGAGCUCAGUCAUUGAAGCCUCCAUCUGGAGGGCAGAGUUGAAGUUUGUGCCGAAGAAGAAGAUGAUGGCCUCAUCCUGCUGGGUGAUUUCCGGCUUCUUUUCACCUAAGGCCUUUGCGAGGAGCUUUUUGUUCUGGGCAGGAAUGAUGCCCAUGAGCUUCUCCUUGGUACUCAGUGAAUAAUAAAACAUGUUGUGUGGUGCUGCAUAGGACGGGUUCAGGUGUUUUACCUCCUCUUUGAGCUGCAGAAUGACUCUUUCACAGCCCUCACACCUCUCUACCGUCACCCUUUCCUUCAGUUCUGCCACUUUGGGGUCAUAUUUUUGCUGCAGCACAUCCCUUGGCCACUCUCUCCUGUUUCAGAAGCAAGCUCAGUUCCUGUAUUUGGUUCCUGAGAUCUGCUUCUACCUGCCAUCGGGGAGGACGUCCCCGGAACCCUGGGUUGUAGGGGGCCUAGUGGUUGUGGCCUUCCUGGGGGUGGUUAACCUUGACACCUCCUUGUUGUCUAUGGCUAGGGGCUUGCUGGUUAACCUCUGGGCCUCCUUGUGACCUUUGUUGUGGGGCCUGAUGAUAAUGGUUAACCUUUGGGCCUCCUUGUGGUUUUUGGUUUUCAGCCCUCCUCAUGGAUUGCGGUUUGUUGUUGUUAAGCAUUGUUGUCAGUAGCUGGAUCAGUGUCUUGAACGUAGACUGGUAUACAAGAACAAUACAAAAAAAUACAAGAGUAUACAACACACAGUGCUCAACAUAGACUGUAUAUAGAAUGGACACUGUCUGCAUUCUCGCUGGGUUGAGGCCACUCUGAGAACAGCACAGGAGCCUUUGCCUCCAUCAUUAUGGGGCUGUAGACAAACUUUGGAAAUUUAUUACACAGAACAUAAUUUUUCCUCAAGUGGUGGAGUGUGUACAACGCUACUGCGCAAUGUUGGUUUCAGGAAGUGGAGAAAAAAUGUGGAAUUACCAAGAGUUUUUGGCUUCAAAACCGUAUACUGGCCGAAGGCGGAACCAAGUUGUCCAUAGUAUAUACAGUCUAUGGUCUCCACCUAUAGUUUCCACCUGGUCUUAACGCAUACACAGAUGUGCCCAUACUUUUUGUUUGUACUUUUAAAAAUUUUGGAAUUCUUUUUUUAUUUUACUUAAUUAAUUAGUUUUUUUGAAUUUUAUUUUAUUGUUUUCAAUUGGAUUUCCACAAAUCUGUAUGCUGCCUAUACUAAAUUUGAACAAAAUGGCCACUCAUUGCUUACAUACUGCCCAAUCCAACACUAAAAUGAAGCCACUCUUAAAUAAAAUAAGGGCAAGUGAUGUUUUCUCAUAGUGUAACUUGGUGUUGAAUUAUGCUGUUUAAUUCACCCUGGCAAUUUAGUCUGAUCUGUAAUGGUCCCAUACUUACACAAAGUACAUCAUGAAGUGAUUGUGCAGACCUACAACCAAUCUUAACAGCAGUCUUGUUCUCAUGAAAAUACAUCAUCUGGUUUCUAAAUCCACCACCAUUGUGGAUUUAAUGAAUUGUCCUGAAGUGGGAGCUGACAGUGGAGACAACCAGAUGACAUAGGUCUAAAACACAUGAAAUAUAUCCUAAAGUGAUCGUUGACAAUUACUGUUUAGUUCCUUGAUUGACAUUCAUGGUUUAAAUCAUGUGUGAUGGAAUGACGGGGUCCUUUUAAAGCUAGAAGAUUUCUGUGGACAUACACAAUUACUAUUACACACACAUGCUUACACAGAUGUGCCUAAACUUUAUUAAAAACCCUGUGAGGGAGCUAAACUUAGGGAUUAGUCACCAUGGGUGCAAGGUCAGAAGUCAGAGAACUGCUGGGCAUUCAACCUGUAUGACAUGUCCAUACCAAUGUAAGAGACAUUAAAUGCAAGUUCUUAUUAUCAGAGUUGCUAAGUGGAGAAUGUGGACUUUUUAUACAGUAUGCUGCAAACAUUCAAAGACCGGGUCCCAUCUUUUUCAGUGGACAGUAAAGAAGGAAAAAUGCACCUUUAAAUAAAACAUUCAUCACAAUGGAUGAUGACAUCCUGUUAAGGGUCCAUUUAUGCCCCCUAAAAAUACAUAUGUAAGAUUUAAACAGUAAAACCACCAGGAUGGAUGUUAAAACACUGCACCUGCAAGAGGGCGCCACUUAAAGUCAAAAGUGAAACCAGAUAGGAAUUAACAUGACAACUAGCAUGGUCAUGGUAGAUAAGGUUUUGAUUUGUCCUUGUGAACAUUUCAAGUACACUGGCUUAAAAAACUUUCGUGGGACACUACCCUCUAAGCAGCCUCCUAAGCAUAGAACAAUCACUUCCUCCCUCUCUGGUACACCCUCACACACACACACACACACACACACACACACACAGAUUCACAGGCUGCAGAUAAAGAGAUUUACUAAAGGCACCAUGUUGUUUUUGGCUUUGCUCUCAGAGGAAUGCGGCUCUGAUAGACCUCCCUCUGUCUUCUCUGUCUGCCCUGAUCAUGACACUGUCCAGCCAUCCUGUCUCUCUCACUGGCAAGCCAUGUGUGUGUAGUCGAUAUUACUGGGAUGCUGUGCACACAUUUAUAUCUGCUUAACGCUCUGUAUGGGGACCAAAGGAUAUAAUAUUAGUGUUAAUUAUUUACCGUUAAUGUUUAAAGUUCAAAGUUAAAAUCAGUUCAUAUAGAGUCUAGACCAAAGGAAUUCCUCCUAUGGCAUAUAAUGAUCUAAGUCCAACCCUGUGUGUGAGAACUGAAAAGAUAAUGCAGAAUCCAUUACACACUGAAGUCCAGCUGUUGUACUGGCCUUCUUUCCCAGCAUUUGAUACAAUUGUGUAAAGUGUCUUUCCUUCACAGACAGAUUCAAAAACCAUGAACAUAUGAAUUUGCAACUAAUCUGUGUUGGAUUUUGCUGCCAGUUUUUUUCUGUGAUUGUGCUUUGUACACAUUAUUGAAAAAUGUGGAACAAUAAGAUGUGACUGAAAAAGACACAAAUGGAUUUCUCAGGACUGCAGAGCUAGAUAGGAAAAUAGAUCUGAAAUGGAUUUUUCAGGCAUGUGUCUCAUCUUGCAGUCCAUUUCUCACCGUUGUCACAUAUAUGAACUCAGACUCAUCUCUUAUGUCAUAAUGUAAUCACAGUCUGACACCGGAGAAGUGCAAAUGCAGCCAGUUAGACUAUGUACCUCUUUCCUAGAGUGUUAAAUGUUUUUAAUUCACAUUUCUUUUUCUUCUAGUGAGGAGUUGCUCGAGCUAGAGCUAUAAAUUCCGAACCCCUGCUGUUUGAUUUACAGCAAAGUACACAUAGCAAGCCUCUUUAUUGCCAGUUAAUGUCCAUUUUCAUAAUUUAAGGUUGACUUGGUAAAACAAUCCUGUACUGUUGUCAAAAAAUCAACCAUUUAAAAAUCUAUCCAUCCAGACUGACUUUGAAGGGUGCCAAGCACAAGAGGCAAGCAGGUGAGGUAAUAAAAUGGACAUUUAAGUUCACAUCAUAGAGAUGGUUUGGGUUGAUGGAUCAGUCAAACAAACACAGACUGAGGUGCAAACUUGAGUAACUGUUUAAACUAUUUUGUCAUUAUUAUUGGACUUUAUAUUUAUGACUCUAAGUGUCCCUCAGCGCAUCAUUAAAGUCGUGUAAAACUUUCUGUUACUAACAUAACAGUAUCUACCAUUGACUGACUGCACCCUCUGGCCUGCUGGCUUAAGCAUUACAAUAGUAGUGAUAAUAACUGAUAAUGGCCGUUUAAUGGUUCAUUUAAUGAACCGUUAAAGUGCAUAGUGUGUGCCUUGUCUGCAGGCAGCUGUUUGGAUGCGCAAUUAGGUAACAAUUUUGGCAAAUUCACACUGCAGUGUGAUAAUUUGUCGGUGUUGUGUUUACAGUCGUAUCCAUGGCGCAGAAGUGGCCAAAAAAAAGCAACUUUAGCAUUAGCUUAACAGAAAAACCUCUAAAAUCUCUGCAGUUAGCUGAUAGCGACGUUUUUGGUUUGUUGAUUUUAUAGGCAGAGUACUUCAUAUUAAAAGAACACAUAAAUCAAUAGAGUCCUUUUUUUUUUUGCAUUCAUUGGAUCCCCAUCAAGUGGUCAGAACGCUUUGGAAAAUUAGUCCAAAUGUAUCCUGGGAUCAAUAUGUGAUCAGGAGCUUUUGAAUAUCACACAGUUAUCCUGCCCAGUUAGGUCCCACAACAAAUACAAAGCUGUCUUUUAUAUCUUUUCCCUGCAAGUUUUAUCUUUAUUCUUCUGUCUCUUUACUUGCUGUACUUUAGAGAAGUCAUGUCAUGAUAACAAAACAAAAUUUAAGCAUUUAUUUUUUAUCCAGGACGUUUUUUAUUCAGUGUUUAAGAAAAAAGGGUGAACAUAUUGCAAAUUAAAGCAAGUCAAAAUACUGUGCCAUGGAACCGUAGAUGGGAUGAUGGUGAUUCGGUGCAUGCUUCCUUGUGGCACAAGAAAAGGAGGCCCUGAGGAAAAAAACAGAAGUGCUGGUUUAAAUCAGUCAUCAAGGACUGAAAUCUUGUGAAAAAAUUAUUGCUAUGAAAAUAUUGCAAACAUAUACUUAAGUGGCAGAAAAUAUACAGGGUCGGUCCGCCCAUGUAUUGCCCUGGUGUAAGAAACAAAACAGUAAGACAUAGCUGAGCUUUUAACAAGCAACUUGUACAAAGAGCAAGAACAGUUAAAUGUGUAAAAAAAUAAAAAUAAAAAAAUGGUAAAAUUUAACAAUAAAACAGAGACAGAAUGGUGUACUGUUAAAGGCAUUGAGUAAAAUUGGCAUGUUCCUGCUUUUUUGACAUACUUCAGGUGAGCUGCCUCAGUGUCCAAGCGUCCCAUUUGUGCUCCAAGCUGAUGGGAGUUUUUCUUGCUUGAUUAAUUCGGUUAUUCUACUCACACUUUUUUUUCCUCCCCUCUCAUCUGAAUCUCUAUCAGCUCCUUGGUCUUGUUUCUCCUCCUCCUUUUAAAGGGAAAUUACAGCUGAGAGCUCCUUCCUAUCAGGCGCUGGUUGAAGUUAAAUUUAUGUCUGUGUGUGUUCCUGUGAAAAAACACAGCUGCUGACAGACCAUCAUUUAGCAAUUAGGCGCUCUGUGUAGUGGAUAGAUUUUGGCUUAUUUAGUUUUUCAGGUCAUUAGGAAUGAAGCUAACACACAUAAUGAGCGGGAAUUUGGAGGGUUUGUUUGCAGCCAUGUGGCUUUGCAGCUCUUGUCCUGCUCUGAGGUCAUACAGAUGUGUCCUCGCUUUGAUGCUAGCUCAAACAGUGUCGCUUUCUUGGAUACAUGGAAACAGAGAUAGUGUUUGCAGAGUCAUGCUGAAAGGGGGCAUCACAGUGCCAAAGAGCAUGUGUGGAGGGAGAUAUCCACUUCCUCCUGUUUUCCAAAUUGUCCCUUUUUACUCCAUCUGAGGUUUUUCACAGGCGCUGGUCCCCGCUUAGAGUAUUUCAUCAUGGCGAACUCUGAGGAUCCAGUUUCAAAACAUCUCCCAGGCUAUCAAACCGUAACCAUGCGACAUGCUCCCAACAUAACAUGAAACCAAGGAGCUUUUUCUCAUUAGGCCCAGUGGAGCUCAGAGGACAGGCAAAAGAAUAAGUGGUCUUUAUGCCACAGCCAAAAGAAAGACGAGAAAGGUUCAUUGGUAAUAUGUUAACUGCUAACAAAUGUGAUGUUACAGCUAAAUAAACAUGCUGUAAUGCAGAUCAUGUUCUCCCAGUACCCUCCACAAACCCCUGAAAGAGAACAUGUUGACCCUGCUCCUUUUUAAAUCUGUUUGUUUCUGAUUUUCUGCUUUGAAUUUAACAAUCAAAAAGUCCCUGGUGAACUUUUGAGAUUAAACUUAUUUAUCACACACUGUCACAAGUAGAGGUUUUCUGCAUUAAAAGCCAUACCAAAUUUAAUAAUAUAUGGCGUGGAACAAAAAAACUCAUGUCUUUACUUAACCUAGACAGUUUUUGAUCUGGAUAAAUAGGAUGGAGGCUGUGUAUGUAACUAUUCUUUGAGGGUGAGGAAGCCUUUAUUUCCUACACAUCCCCAAUAUUGAUGAAUUAGUGACAUGACCUACUGUAGUUUUGAUCAUGACACAGUCCAACCAGCUUGUUAAUCUAAAGUUUAGACUAACAAGCUGGUUGGACAGUGUUUAGACUCUAAACAGAGCUUGUGUCUGUACAUCUGUUGACCAAAAUUUCAAUUUGCAUAAUGGGGCUACACCUUUAUUCCUUUAUUGAUUAUUUUUUGUAAAGACUUCGGUAAAUCUGUCUUGGAAGCCAGUGUUACUGGGGGGUAGUGUGUAUACAUUUGUCCUUGUUGUUCUAUCUUAAUGGGGACCAUAAGACACUACACAUAUUGUGGGGACACGUUCAGAUUGCUUAAAAAGGGGGUAUAGUGCUUAUUUUUUUCAUGCUUAUGUCUUAAUAAUAGUUUUUAAUAGCUUUUACAGUUUAGCUACUGUCUCUUUUAGGGCCCCCUACCACCCCAGAAGCCUCUUCCACUGUUGCCGUUAAACAAAUACAUGUUUCUCUAUUUUAGGAGGGAAAAAAAGGAUUUUUUUAUGGAGAGUCUCUAACUGGUGAUGUCACAAUUUGAGCUAAUCUCAUGUUGAUCUCAUUGGUCUCUGUGACUUUCUGAACAAGCUGCAGGCUCACUUGAGGAUUACUCCAACAAACAUUUACCUCACAAUCUGAAGUUUUGCCCACAUUCAGCAUUGGCAUCUAAAAUGCAUCUUACAUGUAAAAAAGCAUAACACAGCCCUUAAUUGUUUAGUUUGUGGUAAGACGAGUUAUUUUUAGGCUUAUGACAUGUUUGUGAAAACUUCAACAUGGAAAAAUAACUCGUAACGACAGAUGUCAGAUCACUGUAAAAACUGAGUAAGCCUAUGGAUGCAGGUUUAUGAAAUCCAUAUCAUUCCAUUAGAAUGUCAAAUCCUUGAAUAAAAACACUUUAGAUUAAUGUUUUCUCUCCAGCAAAUAUUGGAAGUAUACCAUCAUGUAGAGGCCAACUUCAACAUCAGUCAAAAUAAAGGCAGAAUUUCCAUAUUAUGUUUUCUGUACAGAUUUGGAAACCUCACACAGAGCCAACUCCAGAAAACAGGUUUUAAGUCAUAACAGUAUUUAGGUUUUGUUUUGAUGUAACAAUACAAGCAGCAAGAAGAGAGAAUCAGGAUUAGUUCAAGGGUCUAAAUCAACAUCUGCUCUGUAUUAACAGGCUGUGUCUGUGAUUGAUUGUAAACGAUACUUGAUUUGAGGACUGCAGGGGAAUUGAGGAAUCAACACCCUGGACAAAUGUAUAACUCUCUCCAUCUUUCUCCCUCUCUCUCUCUCUCUCUCUCUCUCCCCAGUCUCUCGCUCCCAGGUGUCUUCACAGCGCCAGGAGGUGCUUAUGGAGAACGUGACCCGGAUGUCAGAACGUUCUCGGCAGCCCCAGCCAGGCCUGGGCGAGGCUUCCACUCAGGCUGACCUGCUGGAGAACAUCUGGAAACUGGAGAACCUCUUCCAGAACCACAGUGACUGGCUGCAGAGGCUGGAGAUCCUUAUCAAGGCAUGACACAAGACUAGAGAGAGGACCUGGAAGUUAUUAACGGGAGUGUGAAAAACAUGACCCCGGCGAGGAUUGCAAACAAAGUUGACGCUGUUUUCUUUCACAUACAGGGUCUGGAGGUGGAUCUGAGGAGCAUCCAGGCACACUCCCUUCAGUCUGAGGGUUACUUAGUGCAGCUGGACGACAGGCUGUCUACUCUGAGCAGCUCCGCCAGCAGGAACCUGACGGGCCUCAACACAGAGGUGUCCCGAGCCUCCAUCUGGCUCCGUGACCAGGACGUCCUGCUCAGGUAUAGAUUAGCCUUGGUCCUCAUUUCAUGAGCAUGAAGAAUAAUUUUGAUUAGAUCAAGAACAUCUGUCUCCAUCCUCCGUCAGGGACACCUCACGUCAGGUGAGCAAGCUGAGAGAGAAAAUGGACGAAGUUAAUUGGACAGUGGGAGCUGUCAAUCACACCUUCACCAAUGACAUCAGUAUUCACCACCUGAAGAUACAAGACCUGCAGGUUCAUAAUCAUAUCAUUAAAGACCCUCAAAGUCCAUGAUAUAAAGAUUUUGUUCACCAGGAUACUACAAGCAGACUCAUGAUCUAGACUGACGGUUUCUUUUGCUGAUCAGAUCCAGAUCAGCAACAUCACAGAGGACACCAGCAGUUUAUGGGUGACCCACGUCCACACAGAGGCCCAGCUGAGGAACGAGAUGGAGAUCCUCAACACCAUCACAGAGGACCUCCGCCUGAAGGACUGGGAACACUCCAUGGCCUUGAAGAACCUUACCAUUUUUGAAGGUCAGCAAAUGCUUCUUCAGAUUUCUCUCCAAAGUGCUAAAUAAUCUGCUUUUUUUAUGCUUGUCCCCUUCUCACAGGGGACAUUUCUGUGCUUCAUUACCGUCCAAGUCCAACACCAAAGGGACACUCAAGGGACCAAAGCGCCCCUCUUGUUGGCCGAAAUGCUCCCUUAAGCACUCUUGAGAUUAGCUUUAGUACUGCAGCCCAGUUCACAUUGACUUGGUAAUUUGCAGGUCUUCAAUUUGCUGUUGGAGAAAAAUUACAAAUCGUGUAAAUUCAAUGUCAUGUUGGAUAUUUUUUUUCGACCAAUAUUUCAAAAAAAAGUUUGCACCAUGUGAAAAAUGUUGAUAAAGUCAGGUUUAAUGCUUCACAUUUUUCUGCCGGGGAACAUUAUUCUGAGAUCAUUGAAACUUUUGCUCUCACAGUCUAUCACUGAUGAUGACACUCUUUCCAUCCUUCCCUCUGAAAGACUUGGCCUCUCUUGGAUCCCCUUUUCACACCGACUCAUGUUACUAACUUGUUGUAAAAUUGACCUUAUUAGUUAAGAGAUAUUCUUCCUGUUACUGUUUUUAGCAUUUCACAACUUUUUCAGUUUUUGUCUAUAUCCCAACAGUUUUGUAACAUAUCACAGGCAUCAAAUUUAAAAUAUGAUAGAUUUUCAAUUGAACAGGGGGUUUAAAUUAUUCGCAAACCACCAAAUUAUGUUGCUGUCAACAUUUUACAGAGCUGCCCAACUUCUCUGGAAUUGAGCUUGUACUUUCGGUGUGACAACUUAAGUUUUUAAUGGUUUGAAAUGUUCAUUUCAGCAGCAAAAUACUAUUUGUAUUUGGUGUCCAGGCUUCCAUCUCAUGCAGAAAUUUGAGAGGAUUUUAGAUAAUAUCCUAAAUCCUUCAGCCAAAAUCUGUGGGGGCUAAAGGGGCUGAAAGUCUAAUCCAAGACAGCAGUGUCACAGACAGAGCAGACUUGAAACCUUGUUGCUUAAGUAGAUCACCAUAUCAUGGGGAUAUGUUAGGGUGACAUUUAGAGUGUGAAAUAAGCCCAGCUUGACUGGCCUGCCUGAAAUAGCUCCCAAGGGUAGAUGAUUUCAUUAACCAACUCCAGAACAGUCAUCUCAUGGUGGAAUCAAUUCAAGUCGGUUUCUUAUUUGUCUUUGCUUCAUCAUAGUUGGUGUGUGAACACAAAAUGUGACUUCUCCUCUAUGCUAUACCCAAACUCGCCCCCUAAUCUCAGCCCAAAAUAAGUUCUGAUGGCACAUCUGACACUAACAAUCUCCUGCUAUGAGGUGUCAAAUGUUUUGACCUGAAAUUCCUGUAAUUAUCGACAAACGAUAGAAGGGGUUCCUGAAACAGCCUCCUCUUCUGCGCUUCACUGGGACUGAUUGUUUGCUUUUCAGCAUGUGGUUGUAUUUCAUAUCACAGAUAGAUACAAGUAUUGUGCACAAGUCAUUUCUCCUAGACAUGCAAUUCUCAUGUUUUUUUCGAGUUAUUAAUGACAACAGAAAAUACCAAGAGCCUAACAGGAGCUCAUGAACUCUGAGGAUUUUAAAAGGGCAUCAAGCUGAAAUAAAGAAGAGCAACUGUUGGGUCUUGGUAUCGAGCAGCCAAAUCCAAAUUGAUGGAGGCAAAUUUGGUCAAACUGUUUUCCCACGAUCUGAGUUUAAUAGAGCCAAGUUGAGGACAUGAUUCCCCUGAGUCUUCUCCACAGCAGGUGGUAACUUUCCCGUGCUGUUGUUGAAGAGCUUGGUAGCAGGGCCAACCUGUGAUGGUAUUCCCCCUCUAACCUCAGCCCUGCCUCUUAUUAAUCUGACUCAUCACAUGUGUGUUCGUGCUGCUCAUUAAAUAGAAAGCCCCUUUUGUUUGUUUUAUUCUCUCAGAACUUUUGUGACUUCAAUCUGGAUCUCUGUAGUUUGAUUUCCAUUCCCAUAUACAGGGGGUAUUUUCAAUCAUCAGCCAUUUUCUAGCUGUGUUAGAUUUUGAUUGUGAAAUACCACAAGUAAUGGUUAUUUUUCCGACCUGUCAACGAACCUUAAAUCCAAGUAGAGUCUCAGUUCCCAAACUGAGUUUUGCAUCUUUUGUACAGUCCCUGUUAUAGUUUUUGUAAUCGCCACAUGAUUUACAGCUCAAAAAUGUCGUAACUCAUCCCAGCUGCUGCCUCUUAGAGGGCCCUCAGCACUUGAGAGGCGUCUCCCACUGUUACCAUACAACAAAGUCAUGUUUUUCUACAAAUUAGCCCUUUUAAGGAGAGUGUUAUUCACAUAAUAAAAUACAAGACUUUUAAUAAAUACGUAGUCCAUCUGAAAUCGCACUAAGUUGAAUUUCCUAAUAGUUGGACUAGAAUAUGUAAAUAAUCUUCUCUUGUGUAUAUAUACAUCUCUACUGGCCCCUCACCAGCGCGGAGGUCUGCACAAGCUGAGGCCAAGCUCAGACCUAGAAGUCAAACAGCAUGGAUGCACUGUAAGAAGUAGGUUAAUGGGCAUUAUCAAACUUUAGGGACCACUAUGAGCCUGAGACAUAUCGUGCAUUUUGUUUGUACCAAAAGUUAAGUGUGGAGUAUGAAAGAAAGGCACAAAGAUGUGAAGUUGUCCAUGUUUCAGUGCAGGUUUUGUUCAUUAGGUGGAUUCUGCAAGAAAGCAUGCUUGCACAAAUUAGGGCUGAUUUUGCCCCAAGUGACUGCAUAAUGGCUCAUUCAAAUGCAUGCAAACAACACCUGCACCGGUGACGCUAUUCCCUCUGCAGCACAGUUUGUGGGGCGUUUAACCUUUUGCAUGUGCAUUGUGAAUUAGACAUCUUUUUUUGCUCAUUUGCACAGGUUUAAAAACCACACACUUGUGUAAAUCAGACUGAUUUCUUGCACACAAUGAUGCAGUUGAACAACAGUUUGAUUGCACAUAGAAACCAGAAAAACUUGUGGUUAGUGGACCUAAUGGGUUCCUUGUACCCAGAUUUUGAAGUUAACAACUUAAAAGAGUAGAGGUCACGGUUAAAGAUUUAAGUUGUAACAAAUCUUUCAGUUAAACUGUGUAACUGUUUCACAGAAGAGAGUUCAGAGCUGCCGAAAAGAGAAAUUAAACAUGUCAAAAGACAUGAAAACAGCUGAUGAAGAAGGGACUUUCUCCUGUUCCUGUGCAGAUUUACAGAAGAUCACACUGGACAGGGAGAAUCAAUUUCAUGGGAGUACAAAGUGACAUCGGCCGAAUCAGGCAGCAACAACAAAUAUAAAAAAGAUUUGCACUGUACGACUAACAAGAGGAUUACACAAGAAACACAUGAGCGAGAAUGGGAACGUGAGAACUCUAAGUCUCAGCACACUAAACCCUUUUGGGUGGAACUGUGUGUUCAGAGAAGAUCAUUUACCAAAACCCGUCUGCGUCAAUAGAUGUUGUUAAUGUGAUCGAAUCCAAGUGACCCAAGCAUGCAAACAUGAUUUUACACUGUGGGAUUACUCCGAGCAAUGCUCAAUGUUCUUCCUCCGAUCUGCUGGGAUGUGAUUAGUCCCGACAUGGUACGACUCUCUCUGCCAGAGCUCUAAAUGACUCCUCUGGCUCGUUCAAAUCAGUAAUGGUAUGCUAUGAUGUAAUGCUGGCAGGGGGACGCGGCCCGAGCUGAUUGAUGGCAGCUUGAAACGAAUGCGACCCCUGAUCUGGAGUCUGCUUCACAUGUGGGUGGGACGCUGUUACUGCAGAGCCUGGAAACAAUUGUGGGUUAAAUUUAGAUGCUACAUCUCCAACCAAAACUCAACCACUCAGCUCUUUCAUUAGUCGGAGCUGCGCGGCCCAUUUGUUUGUUGUUAGGUCACAGUCACCUUCGCCAGGAAAAGUUUUACAUCUCUAUCCAUGUUUAUCCUCCUCUGUUCUCUUCCACUCUCAUGCCCCUUUGUUUCCCUUUGCCCACUUUACUCUAUUUUCUUAUUCGGGUCAGUGGUCUUUGACUCCAGAGUGAGUCACACAGUGAUGUUCAUGACACACAUGGUACUUGUUGUGUUGGAGAUGAAGACACAUGAGAAGCUGUUUAAAGUUGUGCCUGGAGUCUUUGUAACCCUACAGUCGGUAGAUUAUUGUCGGACAGGAUAUUAUUAUUUAUUGUAACAUGUGCCCUCUGGAGUCAAAUCAUCAGAUAAAUCCGGCUACUUCUUGAAUAUCAAAGAGUUGAGAUUGUUAUCAUUUUUUCACCCAUCAAAGACUAGACUUUGGGUUUUCAGAUGUCAGUGCAAAUAUUUCAAGGAUCAAGAAGUACCUCCUUGACUGUGUCUUAGCAGCAUGCAUGUGAGUGAGAAUUAGUGACAGAAUCAGCUUGAUUUGAUUAUUUGCUACCAGUGUCUCUACUGGCUGUAAGCAAUGCAGUAAGUGGUUCCCCCUCUAUUCUGCUAGAACAACAUUGUUAACAUUGUUAAUCACGGUAAGAAUAAUAACUAACGAUAAUAUUUCAGAAAAAUUAUUUGUCAUGUAUUAUUACUUUAUAGUUUGGCUCAUGCUCCAUCUGUUUACUCUGAAGAGGGCUGGAGCUAUGAGCUGUACUGCAGCCAGUCAGCAGGAGGAGCUCUAAACUUUUUGGCUUCACAGUCAUUGAACACCCAUGAAGUCUAUUGAAAUCUGCUGUUUCUUGUGGUAAUAAGCAGAGAAAAACAGCACUGACAUGAAAAGGCAGUGAAGACUAAGCUUAAUGAUGCAUUAAUUAGAAAACAAAAGAUUUUAAAUCCUAAAAAAAGCGUCUUUCUUAUUUUUUAAAGAGGAGAAAACAUGGUCAAUAUACACACCGGAACUUAAGUAUGCACACUAUGUAUAAUGAUGAGGAACAAUAAAGAUAAACACACUAUUAAUUUGUCUACUUUAUAGUGAAAGUUAACUCAUUACAUUUGAUAUAUGCCACACUGACCUAGUAAGUCCAGAAAUAAAUCUUAUUUCAGAGAAGUAUGAGCCAAAUUCUGAAGGACUUUCUUGGACCAAUAUGCACUGCUUAUUUGAAACACUGGGUCCAUAUCUUGAACUAAGAUUUAUAACUGGACUUGUCAGUGUAUUCUCAUAUUUAAUGUAACAACAUGUUUGGACCAGAAAUGACUCAAAUACACUCUGUCAGGUUCUGCUAAUGACUCAGCAAAGUUUCUCAAGGCUUUACCUUCAUACUCAACAAGUUUAUGACAACCGACUCAAAAAAGAAAAUAUAUUUCAGUAGCUUUUUGAGUCUGGACCACUAAAAAACAUGUCUUUAUUCCCCCUUGGCCGAAUAAAUUAAUUUCCCCAAGGUUUUAUUUGCUUUUGCAGUCCAGGUCUUACUUCACCAACACUGACGUCACGGGGUUUUGGUGUGACAAUGGCGACAUGUCACAGAUUUGGAUGGAUGAUCUGUUGUUGCUGAAAGCUGCUGAAUUAGUCAUAUGUGAAGAUCUGGACUGAGCAGGUCUGGAAUCAUUUACAGGCUUUGUGUCAGCUGAUGACCAUUAAUGGACAUUUUGAGUGGCGUGUUUGUUUAACUGCUGAAGAGUCCCUGAGCUCAGUUGAGUCUGGCUUUUAUUAUCACUGAAGUUCCUCCAGUUAGACACGUACAUUAACUCACUUUUUAGUCAUGGCGAAUCAAGUGUGUCAGACUACACAGGGGUAAACAAAGUGGACCAAAGGGAGAAAAACGGAAGGAACAAGUAAAGGAUGCAACUCUUAAUCAGCUGAAUUAAAACAUAUAAAAAAAUUGAUAUUUAGUGUAAAUGUGUUUGAUGAAUGUAGCGUGAAUGAUUUAAAAAUACUCACUUUUACCUAUCAGGAGUUUUUCCUUCUUUGGAAAUAAAACAUGCAACACAGGCCUGAAGAACCUUCUGUAAACAAACAUACUUCAUCAAACUACAAAUUCACAAUAUAAGGAUAAAAAAGAUAAUAAAAGUCAUGUAUCUUUUCAUAGCAUCUAACAGUCUUUUGAUUCUGACUUAAGCCUGCUAUUCAGAAGCUUAUGCUGCGUUCCAGUUACCUCGGAAGUCAGAGCUGGCGUUACAACCGAGUUGACCGCAUUCCAGUUAACAAGUCGGAAAACCAAGAUGGACACCUACUAUUAGCCUUUGUUCGCUGUUGUUUACAAUUGUCCCCUGUCGUUAGCCGUAGUCAGUUGUUAGCAGUUGUCAGCUGUUUUUAGCUGUUGUCAGUUUGUUAGUUGUUGUUAGCUAUAUAAGUUGUAAACAACGCAUAAAACAGUAUUUUAAUCUUACAAACACCAUAGCAUCAUGUUCACAGUUGGACUUGGGCAGUACAACAUCUACCACUUAUUUAAUUUUACAAAAAGAAAAUAAAAGUGUUAAUAAAUAAUACAUUACGAGAGCUUUCACUGUUACUCUUUACUGUUGAUGCAGUGUGCUGCCAUCUUCGAUUAUGACGUUGUUGUCAAGUCGGGGUUGUUGAGGAUCAUCCGACUUUCCGAGUUGGAAAUCCGACUUCAGGGGGGCGUUCCAGAUGAAUUUCCAUCUCGGAGCUCAGAAAUUCCACCUUCCGAGUGCAUUAGUUCCAUUUAGAGGGUGGAUAUUAAGGCCCUGCUACUAACCAGAGCUGAUGAUAGUUACUGGCUACUAUCAUGAUGAUGCUCCACUACCUGGAUGCAAACAACCUGAGAUUAGAAAUGGUGUCAUCAUGCCGUUUGACAGUAUUUUGAUCUAGAAAGUGCGGCUAAAGUUGGAUGUAGGCUGUAUCUGGUUGAAGCGGCACUCAACUGGAUCAGUGUGUAACCAACACAGGACUGGUGGUGCUAGCCCUGCUGAUGUUAGCCUUGUGAACCAAUGUAACAUAAAUCACAGCAGAGUCUUAGGGCCCGCGUGAAGUAGACUGUGUGUUGUUAUGACCUUCUGAGUGUCCUCUUGGCUUCAAAACUGCAGGUUGAAUUGAAAGAAAAAAGCCGCUUGGUAACAACCGUAAAUAAAACAGUCCAGCUUAACCAAAACACAAAACGUCUCUAUGGAACAGCAUCCCUCCGUUAGACCGAGAUCCAAAUCUUCCAUCAAAACAAAUCACUUUUCAACACCAGCCUGUCCCUUUGAAUUAGGGACACAUUGAACGUUUUAGUCUUCUUCUGAGUGCACGUUCAUCCAUCUGGUCCUGGUUAAAAUGUCUGUAUCCUCAAAUAACAUACAGCCUGAUAACCCUUUCGCCAUCGAUCAGAGUGAUGAAUUUCACAACCCACUGCUGCUGCUUAUCUCUUCUUAAGUUUAGCAUACAUGUUUUCACUGUGUUUUAGAGAUUGUAUCUAACAUACCUUUUUAAAGAAAAGAAAGCACAAGCUCUGUUGCGCCACUUUUCUGAGGAUCUGUAUCACAGGCUGGAUGUUGGAUGGAGGCGCCUGAGCUCCACACUUGUGUUGUGUUCUUGGACUCUGUUGCCGUCAGAUGCUUCCAGGCUGAUCCUGGACAGAAUGUUUGGUUUGUUGUUUUUGAAUCAGCGUCAGCUAAAUGAACAAAUACGACACUGAGCGCCAAGAGAUUCAUAAUUUAAAGCUUUGUGUAAAUAAACAAUUAACAGGGAUGCGGUUCAUUCUAACCACCGGAGCGUCUCCUCCAAAGCUGAGGCAUGCAGACGCACACAGAUGUAGAGCAGUACUUGUGAGGAUCUUGCAAGUUUGGUUUCCAAACUGUAAUUUUAAACAGAUGAUCUACUGUGUUGAUAACUCUGAAUAAUCAGCAUUAAAAAGUUUUUUUCACACACAUCACAACAAACAAAUAUAAAAUAGACUGUUUUGAACUUUAUUUGAGUUGGCUAAAACCAGCAGGAAUAUAAACACCAAUAACAGGAAACGCAGGCCAAAAAAAAAAAAAAUAAGAAACUGUUUUGACCAAAGCAGCUGAGUUAUUCUGCUUUGUUUGUUGUUCAUGUGAGACUGUUGGCUGCCAAUCAUCUAUGUGUUACUGGAGUUCAGUCAAAACCUCCAUCAGAACCAAACAUGAGAAGAAACCGUGAACUACACCCAGGUCAGGUGAGGUCUUUGAAAGUUGGAGUCCAACUCUUGAAAUAAGCCUCCAGUAAAAACUGCACUUUGUAAAUAAACUUAUUAUUGUUCACAUUUACAUUUGGCAGAUUGAAUCCUUACCCUAAUGUCGACUUUAAGCUCUCAUGUGGAGUUUCUGGCUGGUUAUAGGUUGAAUACAAUGUUUUUUUUUUAAUUCGCAAGAAAGAAAACAAGAUUGUUAGUAUCAUGAUUAAUAACUUAAUGCAUUUUACUUCAAUGCUUGAAACAACAGUAACAGAGUUGGUCUGAGUGCUGCUGAAAAAGUCAUUUAUAGAUUUUUUACUGCAGAAUCUUGAAAUAGAAAAGCCAAAUCUUAAGUGUAGUAGAGACAGUUAAACACACAUCGAGUAGUUAUCAAAAGUUGCCAGGGGAGCAACCAUUAGUCAGUGCUGUUAAAGGUACCAUAUGGAGUUUUUUUUAUGUUUAUGAGAUAGACUGAAAUUUGUGUUGACUGCUUUGUCCACAGGGCACACCAACGUUGACACAAACCAAAAAUCUCUCACCAGAGCCUUGACAAAAUAGAGAAUUGAAAAUGAUGACAAAAUCAUCUGCUGACAAUUUUAUUGCGAUUAUUAGACAAGUAACAUUCUGAAGCUGGGUUCCUCUGCCAAGAUCUCUCAACGCCAUGAAACUUAAGAUAGAUGAAGAAGUUGCAGGCUGCCAGCAAUUUAGUGGUAGCACUCCCCUGAGAGAUGAAUCAGCACCUUCCCAUCAACCGAUGUGCAAGAUUCAUUUUGAAUCCAGAAACAAUGUUAGAGCUUUUGUUGUGCCUCUUCGAGGUACUCAUCAGCUCAACAUUAACGCUUUCAUAUAUUGUCACGGCCUUAUACAUUAAACAUGAAGAAAAUUGAUCCUUAACCCCAUUUUCCAGUUAUGUUACUCCAACUAUAAAAUGUCCAUUUAGUGUGGCUUAAGUUGGACUUUUGUGAUGACACGUAUUUCAAAAGUCCAGUUGCAGUUAGACUGAGAUAAGCUCAAUCAUCACCUGCAGAGUGAACUCAAAUGAAAAACAGCCUGCAGCACAGAGAGUGAGAAACAGAAAACAACAGCAGCACGGAUAAACAGAGAUGUAAGAGUAAGGAAGAGUGAAAGCUGUGGAAGUGAAAAGUUUUGGUAUCAAUUCUACCCACAUAUCAACCAUAUUCAAGUAACCAGCUGAUUAUUAUCCUGACUUAUCAUUAAUCAUUCUUGUAAUUUUGGUCUAUAAAAUGUGGGAAAAGCAAAAACUUGCCCAAAAGUUUUGUCUAACAAACACUUAAAACACAUCAAUGUUUUUUUUUUAAUACAUAACGUUAUUACUUAUAAGAGAAGAAGUUUUUUUUUUUUUCCACUAAUUUCAACCUUGAACUAAAGUCCAUGAGAGUCCUCACUCAGAAAAGUUUAUUUAGGUUGUUUUCUUGGCCUUCAAGGGAUAGAAAUGAACACACACAUGCUCUCACCCAGCCUCCCCUCUAGAUGUGACCUUUUCACGGUCACAUGAUCUGCCUUUUCCCGUUAAGUGUGUGCUCUUUAACAGCAGCAGAUCUGCAUCAUAAAGCUGGCCAGCAUCACAAACGUGUGAAUGGAGAACAUCAGAGCUGUGACCGAUCAGAUCCUCUGGACAUGUGCUGGACAAAAACAAGCUCUGAAUUUUGAAGCAUUCCCACAAGCUGUGUUGUGGUCCAUCUUGUUAAACAUGUGGUUCCCAUUGUGGCCACGGCUCUCUCUCAGUAUUUGGACCUUUUUUUUCUAAGUCUCUCCAAGCACAACAAGCUUUUUGGACUGGAUCUUUACACCAGUUGUACCGACCAACUUUGGCCCUCAGUUUGGCAAACAUGUUGCUGUUAGUGUGUGUGGACUGUAAUAAAUGAAAAAUAUGACUAGAAAUCUUGACGCUGAUAAAAAUCAUAAUAUCCAAGAAUUAAAGGCUCAUUUCUUGCUCGCCAAAACAAAUUUCAGUCCCCUGUGUACACUUUUGAAGUGCUAAUCUACACAACUCUUUCCUGCCUUGGCUUAAGCAGGAAAAGAGGAACAUGCUGCUGUGAUGGAGACAUGCUAAUGAGUUCAUGACCCAUGGUUUUAAGUGUAUGAGUACAUUUAAGGCAUGUCUAAGUGUCCUAUUGCUGGUUUUAAGCACUUAAGAUUGGAUUAAAGUCGAGUUUACAGAGCAUUCCUUAUUGUUGUGUUUGGAGCACAGCCUGGAUCCCACCAACUUGAGGUGUUAUCUCUGCACCUGUAAAAGUCUUUUUGCAUCUGGAAUAUUUGGAAAAUAUCUGGAAAAGACAUGUAUCUGUUCAUGCAUGAAGUGAAAGUUAAAUGCAAUUAUAACCUGUUCUAUCCACAGAACUGCAUGAUUAUAGCAGCUGUGUGGGUUGGAAACUGAUUGCUCUGCAUGGGGGUCACUUUGUUUAACAAGGCCUUCAGUGCCUGCAGAGUGUAUUCCCAACUAUAUAAGACUAUAAAUAUGAUUCAAAACAAUCUCCUGCUGCAGCUUUUAUUUUACUCAAAGAAACUAUUUGGACAGUAUUUUUUUUACAUGUGUAUAAAGUCAAUUAAAUAAAGAAAAAUAGGUGGAAAAAUAAAACUACUGAAGCCUGUAAAACUGCACAAUGACACAGCUUAAGCUUCAAUUAGGAGAAGCGAGUUUAAGAAUAAAAGGUUAUUCACAUAGACAGGAUAUACUAUGGACAACUUUGCUUCGCAUUCCGUCAUUAUAUGAAUUUGAAGCAAAAUUGCUCUCAUAUUUCUGGGAUAUUCUCCGCUUCCUGGAACCACCACUUGUGCAGUAGCAUUGUACCCAUUCGGCAGGAGAGUUACUGAUGACGCUUUGCUCAAACAGCGUAUCCCCUGGGUGAGCUACGCAAUCUUUGUACACCCAUAGAAAAAUAUAAACCCUCUAAUAACUUUGAAAAAUGGAGCUGCACUGAAAAAAGAGGACUUGAGCACAAACCAGUCUUACAGUAACUACAUGUCAACACCACAAGCAGGGGGGAGAAAAAUGUAUAUUCUGAGUAGUUGAUUUUUUAAAGUUUGUCCACAACUCCAUAGGGAUUGCUGGAGAAGACAGGAUUUAUGACCUAUCCUGCAGUCUGUCACCAGGGGGUGCUGCUCUCGCGGUGGCUUCACCCAAAGAGGAGGCAGGCGGUGUCCACUCUAAAAGUCUAUGAUUAUUCAUCACAAUGAUUACUGAAUUAAUGCUGCUUGACAGAAGUCUGCAGUCUUUGGACUCUAUAGGGAAAUUUUUACUAUCAAACGGUGAGCAGUCAGCAGGAAAAUCCCACCAUGGAGUUCUCAACUGGUGGUGGCAUUGAAUGUUGGAUGAUGAUGAUAGAAACUGAUGAUUCUGCAGAGAUGAGGUAGAGAUAGAGAGGUGUAGAGCAUGCAUGUACUAUCAGCAUGAAUGAACUAGUGGCAUGGGGGGAAAAAAACAUAUCUACAAUUGAAUAAAAAGGCUACAGAUAAAACAGCUGAUUAACCAAUGAGGGCGGGAGAAGUGAGUGAGCGUGAGAGAGGAAAAGGACAAUGAAGCAACAUUAAGUGCAAAAAUAGCCUCUCUGACUGAACUUACUCUGGAGCUCCAUUUGAUUCUCAGUAAACCUCCGUCCACUUUUCAGUUGGCAAGAAUUACAUGCUGCAUUAACGAAAGCUGGAUUGUAUUGUACUCCAGUCAGGCCAACACAUGGUCUAAACUUUCUUUCCAAGAUCACAAAAUGUUCUCUCUCCAUAUUCAAGGUUGAAGUUCACAAAGCACUUGCGUAAUGUUUCUUAUACUCUACAAUCUUUACAAAUGUUGGACUGACUGAGACCAAAGUCCUGUCUUGAUGAUGGUGGCUGCGUACAUAUAAAUGAAUGACCAUAUUGGUAGAACAGGACCUACAAAAAGCUCCUGUUGUUGUUGUUUACUUUGACAUUGUGUUUUACGCGGCUAAUUCUGAUUUGGUUGUCUUUUUGCAGGACCUCCUGGGCCAAAGGGAGAGAAAGGCGAUACUGGACCACUGGGACCUGCUGGGGCUCCAGGGUUGACAGGCUUGAGAGGUGAGCACAACCAGACUACCAUUCAUUAGUGAGUGAAAUAUGUUCAAGUUGAAGCAUUGUGCAAAUUAGAAAUGGAAAGACGAGAGGGUCUAAACCGUUUGAGUCCUGGUGGCCUGAUCGAAUCACCAGCUCGUCCUGCUGCUGAUGAAAAGGGAAAACCCUAAAACUGGAGCUAGAAUAUGGUUAGCCUCUUCAGCAUCGAGGCAGAUUGGGUCUGUCCAAGAAGAGGAACAAAAACUCAGCAUUUUUUGGCUGAUUAAAACUUGGAAGCACAAAUAAUUGUUUACUGUACCAUAUCGUACCAAAUCUGGACCACUUGGUGGAACCGCAGCUUUGCUGGACACUUUCCUGGUUGACAGCCCUCACCACAGUGACGACAUGACAGUACAGGAGGUCAUUUCUCCAAGCCAAGAUAAAAAUCAGGCCUGUAAUCCCCCAUGAAACCACAACUUGACGUUUUUACAGUCAGAUAUUCUCUGGAUUAAACGCAUAAGAUGAAAAGUGCAAAAGGAGCCAGGAGGCAGUUUCCACUACAUUAAAGUCUGACUGCUGAGUUUAACUAACCAUCUCCUGGCUCCUGCCUCAAAUAUGACUGACAGAAACAAAAGUGGAGUCUCUUAUCUCAUCUUACACUCACAAUAGAGUUGCAUGGGUAUACGGCCAAAAUGUUGAGCAAUACCUUGGACAAAUGACGGUAGAAAUGAGGUCAAGAGCCUCCUAUUGAUCUCAGUAUAACAAUCAUGGAUACUGUGAGGAGUUUUCAACAAGAUCCUGCAUGAAGACUGUCAUUAUUUCAGACCUUUCCACUGGAAUUAGAAUAUCAGAGACAAGACAGAGUAUUUCUUUGUUCUGAAUCAGAUUUUCGAUAUUCAGCUCUCACCCUGGGCUGUCCUUGUUUGAAACUCAGUUGGGCUAGUAGCUACACAUUUUGUACAAAUUUAGCAACACCAGAUUUGGCGUGAGGCUGUCUCUGCUCUGAAUUUUUUUUUUUUUAACUAUUAUUGUGACUGUCAGCACCUGAACUCCGUUGCUCAGAGCUGCUCUUCGUGAACUCUAUUCCUAAAGACACCAAAGAGUGUAUGAUGAGCAGAGUCACUUCUUUUAACACAGUUUUUUGUACUUGUGGCUGACACUGGAGCAAAAUUAGCAAAAAGAAGUGUUAUUUACGACAGAAAAACUUCACAACCAGGGCUUUGGAAAGUAAAACAGCAUGAUGGCAAUAAUCAGGAUUUUGUUUUUAUGUCGGCGUAUGACCACUUAACUGUUCUCCAAGUUCAACUGUGCGCAUUUUGACAUUAUUUUACAUUGACAUGGACACCAGAGCACGCAGGGACAACACUUAAUGUCCCUACAAAUAAUGUAAAACAUAUAAAACACUGUUCAGCUCAGGAGUUGGCAAAAGAUGUCCUUAAAUACCAAUCUAUUAUAUCAUGGUCAUUUGUUGCGUCCAGUAAGUUCUCUCAGGUGUUUUUCAGUGAUCAAUUACGGUGUUUCAUAAUCACAAUAUAAUACCUGAGUGAAGGCUUGGAGCGUUUUAAGUACAUGGACUUGUUUGACUUCAUUACCAAGAAAAUUGCUCAUUCUGACGACUCAAAAAGCCUCAAAUUUUUGUGUCUGCCACUCAAAACAAACCUCAACCUGCAGGGAGCUGUGCCCCGUUUCUGCUGAACAACCUUAAAUCUUUGCAAAUCUUCAAAGUAAGAAAAUAAAGUCAUGAAAACAUCAGAUCUUUACAGCGUACUGCUGGGUGCUCAAACUAUUUCUCGGUUGAAUUAAUCUGAAGCCAAAGACGCAAAGACUCAGGCUCGCAUGAUGUCCGAUUGUCUGAUUUACUUGUUUGAUUUUUUUGCCCUGGUGUGGUUUUUGGAUGAAUUUUACAAGCCCAUGGGUCAUGAAAUUUACCUGCCCUAUAAACGUCCAAUGUAAACAUCCCAUUUUGAGUUACAAGCUGCUUUAUAUGCUCGAGGAUUUAGGUUUGAGUGGCGAGAAAGGUGAAAAUCUAGCUGCAUUUUAUACAGAACAGACUGUAGCUGCUUUUCUGCUUUUGUGAUUACGUUACAUGGCAUUAAUAAUGAGGCGUGCACAGAGAAUAGAAAUAGUCACAUAAAUCCGCUUGUGAAAACAAGGCUCCAGACUUUGGAUGAGGUUUUAUUUUCAGGCAGGGUGUGGACAGGUCCGGAGGGACGGGUCGUCUAUCUUUGUCUUGCCGGUCAUUCCCCCAAAAACCACAAUAUGAACCUCCAUCUGGGCAGAAUUGGCACCAACAUGAGCAUUUUUCAUAAACACUGUAAGAUAGGAAGAGCUACAGUCUCGAUCCAGAUGUUCUUAGGACCCUUUCCAGCUUGGUACCUCUUGAAUCUUCACCCUCUCUGCUCCUCCCUGUCAUCAUACCUCCUGUACACCCAGACUGAAGCACUGCAGCGCUCACAUGACAUUUCCAAGAAGUAUUAUCUUACAGCGGAGAGGAAAUCCCCCCACUGCUGCAAUAACUCCAAAAAAUAUGGAGAAAGGAAAUUCUUUCUGUCCAACACAAAACCUUUGAAAAAUUGAUAUUAAUGCAUAUCAAAAACGUUACCAUAGAAACAAUUUGACUGUUACGGAAAAAUCACCCGUGCCAUUAACAGCUGUACAUUUUGUGAUGCUACCCUUCUGCUCCAUAUGCGCUGAGGCCAAAAAAAAUCCAUCAUCGCAUUACAGCCCUGAAAAUCCUCUUGGACUUGUAGAACGAUCUUCUCGGAUUGUCCUGUGAAAACAUGUCUUCACUCCCUCCAAAGUAUGAUUAAUACCAUUUUUCCCAACAGGCUUUUGAGGCGUGAGUUAUCGACCCUUCACAGCUCAGAGACAGAAAACCACCAAAAACAUGACAUCAUCCAUCAUCGCUUUAUUUUCUGUCCCUAAAUGUAAACUCAGCCUGUCUAAUCGUUUCAUUCAGGUCGCCAGUAACAACGGUGUAAUCAGAGCAUUUCAGGACACCGGGAUGGGUGACAAAAGUGCUAUAAAUAAGUAAUUACCUCGUUAAAGUCGAGAUUUGGGAGUGUGCGGACUGUAAACAAAUGUUCUCAUUGUGUGGCGCAGGGCUGGAGUCUGCAGGACAUCUGAGAGUUUGGUUAAUGAAACAAAACGAGUUAUAAAGCUGUUCUUUUAGAGUCAGGAAGCGUUCAGGAGGGAAAUGUUGGCAGGUGGUAGAACAAGAAAAAGACCAGCGGUAACAUUUUGGACAUUGUGUUAUCAGGCAAUUAAGAAAACCAAAACACAUCAGAGCUCAUUAGAAAUGGGAUCAUGAAGUCCUCAUUGUUAUUGUGAAAGAAAUUUGGUUAUUGUUGUUGAUAGGGCUGUCAAACAACCCAUUUUUCCAAUUGCCAGUAAUCGCUGAAUUUUCAAACAUCAUCUUGAUUAACUGAAUUUUGAUCGGUCAGACAGUUUCCCACUUAGAGACGCUGGCAGCAUCUCUGCAUCAUGUCAUGCAGUCAGAUGAUACAGUUUUAACCUGCUUAUGAGGAUACAACUCUGUUUACUGACACUGUUUUUUUGGGGGGGUUGAUUAUGAGCCCAUGCAGUGAGUUUCACUACAGAGUCAGCCCAAAGAUGAUGUCCAUUCACCUUUGUUUUUGUUUUUUUGGUCGUCCUUUUUAGAGAUUUUCCAGACCAUCACAAACAUUAGAUGAGAUUGUGUUUUACAGAUAAUAAAAGAAAAGUUAAUGCUUCAGAACAUCAUUCUGAAAUUGUUGAAUUAUUAACUCGUUUCAGUUUCUCACAGGGUGGUGAAUCUCUUUCUGUCUUUACCUCGGGUGACUCUGCCCCUUUGAGUGCUUUUUUUGCACCCUGUGUGUUACUAACAUGUUAAAAAUUGACCAAAUUUGUUCAUACAGGUGUUACUUAGCAUGAUACAACUUUCUCAGUUUCCUUCCCUAACUUUUUCAAACAUGUUGCUGGUAUCAAAUUUUAAAUAAGUACAUACUUUCCAGUAACCUUUUUUUUUUCAUUUUCAACAUUUGAAAUGUUGUCUUUGCAAUAAAUUAAUAAAACAUAUGAAUUAAACUGUUUGCAAACCAACAACACCUGUUUUUAUUAGUGUUGUGCAAAACCAUUCAACAUUUUUGGACUCAGCGUUGUGAUUUGAUUUGAGGUUUUCAACUUUACGACUAAAAAGAAAGAAGCCUGAAAAGUUUUAUUUAGUGGAACCAACAGGAACCAGCUUCAACUGCAAGUGAUUUAAUAAAGUUUUUUUUGACUGCCAGGAAACAGCAUUGGAUUUAAAAAUAUGAUAAUAAUGCAGAAAAUGUCUAAACAGAAUAAGAUUCACCCUUAAAGUGGAUAAAAACCUAAAACUAAAGGUAUUUUGAUGAAGUCAAAGCUGCUUUAACUGAAAGUGUGAUGAUUAUUUACUGAACUGAAGCCUUUGAAUGUCUGUGUUUGUGUUUCAGGGUUCACAGGAGAAAAAGGCAUCCAGGGCCCUCGAGGAAUGAAAGGGUCCAUAGGGGUUGAUGGUAUUCAGGGAGAAAAAGGAGAAGUUGGACCUGUUGGUCCAAGAGGUACGUAGCUAUAAUGUUUUUUACAUUAAAUGCUUAGCUGUGCUUCAAAUGGAAAUAACUGUUGGUUUUGGCUCAUUUCUGGCCCUGAGCCGGAAUCUAAAAUAACCGAAAGAAAUAAAAAACAAACAGUGUAGGUUACAUUACCGUUUAAACACAGCGAAGACAGUGAACUUUAUUGGGAAACCAUGUCACCAUAUAAAAGUGUGUCGGUUCCUCACUCACCAAACAGCUCAUAAUUCACAAGCCUGUAGAAAUAGUCUGUUAUUUCCUCACAAAACCCACAGUUCAGUCUUGUCAACACUUUCACCGCACAAAUCUUUUCAAACCGACAAACUCUUUUCUUAAACGUCCCUUUGCACGUUCACUUUUUUAACCAAAACUCCUACCAAGGAAGCACAAACAGUUCUCUCCCCACACAUCUUCCAUCAGUAACAGGUGGGACUGUUUUCUUUCUGCUUGUCUCCAAAGAGGCUGUAACUGCUGUACUUAACAUGCUCUUCUAAACUCAGUCCAAAACAAACAGCUGGCUGAGCUGAUCAAGUCAGUUUUCAGCUGUCCCAUAUGAGUCAAUCUGAGAAAUUACUUUAUCACAACAAAACAAAACACCAAAACAGAGGACAAAGACACCAUCAGUGCUAUCUCCUCAGUUUACCUUCUGUUUGUAAGAUACAACUGUUUUGUCUUUUUUACGUCUUUUCUCUGACUGUCGAGGUUUUAUUUGUUACUGCUCACCUCCUUGUAAGAUUUAUGUGAUUUAACUUUCUGCCUGAAGCUUAGCCUGUGAACUCCUGAGCAUGUGCAGAAUGCCUCGGCCAGUUUCAGUCCAAUUGAGUUUGUCUUUAGGUAGACGGGUUUGAAUCCACCAUGUAAAAUAAGCAUGUAUAAAUGGCUCUGGAGGGAAAUAAAAGCAGACACUGAUUGGUUUGAUUCAUGUUCAUGCCUCUGAAUAAUCAAAGGACCUUAUCAAACCUCUUUCAACUCCGUGCCUCCCUUAGCAUCUAGAUUGUGCGCCGUCCAACUUGCAACAUGCAAACACACCCCAUGCUUUUUAAUUGGGGCUCAUAAAGUCCAGCAAAGAUGCAAGUGCAAGGAUUCAGCUGAUCUAUCCAGAGAUGGACCCCAAUGUGCACCCACAUGAGCAAGCUCUCCAUUUAUCCAUAUAGUUGGAUUUGAUAAAGAGGUCUGUCUCUUUUGGCUCUCCAGCAGUUGCUUCUGUCACUAGUCCACUUAGUCCUCUUUCUCUUCAUUUAAACCGCUGUAGCGUUUUUCAUGAAUCUAGAAAAGGUGCUUUACAUGAAUAGGAAAUCAAUCAAAACAGUCAGAUUCAUCACCUCCCAACUCAUGCACAAGGAUAGAAUAAAGAGGCACCGAAGCACUAUCAUGAAUAACUUGUAAUGAAAUUGACAAUUAUAUAUCAAGACAAAACUAAGAUUUAAUAUAAAAAUUAAUAUAUGGAUAAGUUGAGUUACUUAAAAUAAUGUCAAAUUCAUUAAAGGCUAAACUUGAAGGUAGGUUGUGAGUUUGUGUUUAAAGACAAGAAGCAGUCCUUAAAUUACCUCAGAUGGAUAGAUUAAUCAUAGUCAGCGGUGUGGAGGGAUUGGUCUUUAUUUUCCCAACACUUUGAAAGGUAUGCGGUGGCACAGAGCAAAACCACAGAAACCAAUCAUCUAAUCAUGACGUGUAAUGUAUGCUGUUGUAGAGAGUCCAGUGCCUCUAAAUAUGCCAAAAUUCUUAUAUGGUGUAAAACCCAUUAAAGCGUUGAGUAGUGACAAGCAGCUGCAUAUACCAUUAAGCACAGUAGAAGAACUAUGACCAUUAUAUUUUCAUUAAACUCUAUAAAUAUAUUUCUCUAUGACUUCAGCCUUCGAGUUUGAGGUAUAUGAAGUUUGAUAAAUCUGAUAACUUCAUGACAAAGUACUGCACAUCAGUGAUCAGUCCAGCAAACUUUAUCUCCAUAAACCCUUUGGGGAAGGUUGUUGAUGUUUCCACUUUGGCAUCACCAUCCAGUCAGUGCCAACGAUAACAAACACAAACUGAGGGCCUUUGUGAAAAAUAUACCCAUGACUAAUACGAUAAGACGCUGCAGUCCUUUUAGGUCAGCAUGUCAGUGUGUGUUUGUGUGUACAAAUUGUGUGUUUAGCCAACAGCUGUUCCCAAUCAGAGUUUGGUUUGGCUGAAAAUGUCCAAUGUCAGAGUCCCACAGUCCCCAUGUUGGCCAGUAGUGCUUAAAAACCUUGGAGCAGACUGAUCUGUUGUCCUCUGUGCCUAUGCUUGUGCUUGGGAUUGGUUCAGCACUCUUCAGCAGCCUCAAUUUGGUUCGUUUCUUUUAAACAUUGAUACACCCAACGCUAUUGGAGCGUAGCUUAGCUAUUGUCCGUAAACAUAAUGGAUAGUAAAUGAAAUGAACUAAGAACAGUUGGUAUUAAGUUUAAAUAAAUUGCCUGUUGAAGUGGUGACAGUUCCACUGAGGCUGGGAAAAUAUCAUCAGUCUCUUUGGUUGUAAUGAGAGGCAGAUUUAUCCAGAAUAUCUUGUAUUGGCGUUGUCUCAUAAGGGCUGUUGGUAAACUCUUGGUUGUUGGACUUUUACUAUCACCCGGUUUUCACAUACUUUACUGAAAGCUACAAAAGUUCACUUUUACCAACAAACUUUCAAUCAAGUUGCUUGUUUGUUAAUAAUCUUUUUGGCUCAUUCACUACAUUCAUGUUAAGGCUCAUUUGUUCUCGCCAUACGUAUGAAAAUGUACGCAUCCAUUUCAAACGAUGGUUUUGUCUCUGCCCACGUACUUCCCUGCAUCCUUUACGUUGGCAUGGAUGUUAACCAUUACAUCCACCAGGAGGCAGGCCGGAGUCAGAAGUUUCACACAACAACAGACUAAUAGAAACACGGCGACUGUGGUGGAGCUAGUAAUAAUGUAUAUUUUGCAUAGGAGACAGAAACGGAGGCAGCGGUGGAGGAGGCAGUGGUUGGUCAGGCCAUUAAAUGCCUCACGGUUGGAGGACAAAGAAUUCUUUUCUCUAGUAGUUCCGAUGAGAGAAAUUGAUGACAAUCCUCAAAAAUCCCUGCCAUUGUCUUCUUCAUUUCUCUCUAGUGAUGCGUAUUAGUUUGUAACAGCAGCAACACUGCCUCCACGGUUUUUGGCGGUACUACUCUGUCUGCCCCGUAUCAGUAAACUCUAAGGAUACGUGCAGAAAUACGGAGAAAAAGAAUGCGAAGCUCGGACGAAUAGCUCCAGGUAUCCGGAUCUGUAUGUAACAUUGAGCAUAAAUAAGCCUUAACACGCAGAUUCUGCAUGCUCAGGGGUCAGUUCCCUGUUAGUUUAAGUGAGGGGCUACAGGAUAGUGAUAAGACGUGGUCUUUUAUUGUAGAUUGAUCAUGUUUUAGGUCAUGCAACUUGCAUUGCUCAUUCUCUGACAUAACUGUUGCUCGUGCAUAAUUGUAACUGGGCUAUUCAAAGGAUAUAUCGUUCGGCCCUAGUAUCAGGGCUCCCUAUACCCUAAGCAUGGUGACAGGGGGAAAUAACCGUCAUGGGAACAUCUGGUCUUGGUGGAAGUCAUCUGUUAAACAACCACAUUUUAUGUGUCAGGGUCUUUUAUCAAUAUUUUGCGAGAAUAGACGAAAUCUCUCAUGGUAAUCGCCUUAUUUUGAAAAUGACUUGUGGUGUUUCCACAAAUCAGUGUGUUAAAAACCAGCCUUAGGAAAUAAUAUUGUGUUUCAGACAGUUUUGUCCAUGUUUUUAUUUGUGUCACAGGCCUCAGAUUUGUUUUGAGCGAAGGAAACACUGACAAUUAUCAGUGGCAGCGAUGGCCACCAUGACCGAACAGAAACAAAAAGGAUCAUUGCGGAUGUUUGGUCAUCUACACUCAAGCAGUUUACAACAAUGCGUGACUGUGCUCUCGCCCAUCUGAGGUCUGGCUGUGGUUUGAACAAACCAGCGAAGGGUGAAGAGUUUGUAGAUCUUCUGCUGUGAACGGGGUCUCGGCGGAAAGCAGAUGCUGGGCUGUGGAGGGAAGAGGGAGACUGGAAGCUUGUUAAAAUAGCACUGGGAAGCUUCAUGGUUUCUUUUUAUAGAUGGAUGGUGAGAUGAGCAGAGAAAGAGUGUACAAAGUUGAUCUUGUCUUUGGUCAGCAUGGAGUCUAACAAGGUCCACGUUCUGUCUUCUAUAGAUGUUUAAAGACACUCUCAGGAGCUUCAAAUCAGUGUAAUUGUAAGUCCUGUUGAUGGCACAGCUGGGAAAAUCUUUAACAUUCAUCAUCUGGGAUUCAGGAACGUCUGCAGAAAGAUUUAACAGCGAUGUCUCCAAAGUUGUUGAGAUCUUUCUGUCUGAACAAACACCAGUUCCUGCUAUGAGGGGCCACCAGCAGAGGAAAAUAAUGGAGCCGUUUAAAUCAGAUUCAUCUGUUGUCUCUCGAGGCACAGCAGUAGCUCCGCGGUUUGUUUGUGUUUUCCUAGCUGCAUUGUGUAGUUGUUAAGGAUGUGGUUGAGAUGGAGGUGAUGCCGACAGCUUAGAGUCGUCACAGGCUGGGUGUGGCGUUAGCUAAGACACUCAGGCAUGAACACAAUCAUAUAGUAACACACAGUAGGUGGGACUGAGUGCCACCUCUGCUGGCAGCCAUGCUGUGGUUUUUGGAUGUGAAAAAGAGUCAAAUUAAAGGUGGGAUAAGUGCAGACUCCAGCCUGAUCCCCUUAUAGCUUCAUGGCUAAAGCAGACUUGUGGUUUUUCCAAACAUGAGCAAAGAACAGUGCUGAAAGAGAUUCUGUCAGGCUUUGGAGUGUUUUCUUGUGCGUAAGAAGUAUAAUCAUUUUCUAAAAUGAAAACAAAUGAGGAGCAGGCGUUUCCAAGAAUUUGAUAUAAGGGUUUGGUGCAUAACUGACCAUAAUUUUGCAGAAACCACAAAUGAACAGAGCUGAUUGAGGUAUUCUGCAUCAUAUCACCUUUUCCACUCUGCAAGCAUCUACAUUUUAAUGAUACUCCAGGUACCCUAGUUUCAGCUCCAACAAUCUAUCCUCUCACGUUUCCUCCCUUUUACUCUUUAUUCACCUCGACUCCAACCGAGAAAAAGAACAUUCAACCGCGACUUUUAAAGGUAAAUUAAGCAGCAGAAACAGGGCGGGGAUCCUCUAAUUUGACUUUUUAUGCCCCUAUCACACAGCAAGAUUACAGGGCUGAGUGUUCGGAGGCUUAUUUUGGACACAUACAAAGGAAGUUUUAAAAAAGGAGAGGAAAUGGGUGUGAAGUAGAGGAAAGGUUAUAAAAUUUUAACCUUUAGAUAGUUGAGCUGCCGCUGCGUGUCAUUUCAUUUGCACACAAAUUUCUACCCUCUGGAACAGUGGUUCACACUUUAGUACAUGUGAUUAUAAGUUUAGGUUAUGAGUGUUUGACUAAAGUAAAGGACAGGUCUGCCACUGUGUACCUUAAAUGAAACACAAGAUACUUCUGCAUAAUAUCAGUGUUUUCUACUUUUAAUAGGACCGAGUUACCUUUGUUGUUUUCGGGUAAAACCUCAACCACAAUCUUAGUGCUGUUUUGUCAUAAAUGUCACAGAUGAAAUUAAACUUCUGAACAUAAACAUAGAUGUUAGUUGAGUUUCUGCUUCUACUAAUUCUUCGAUUUUCAAGUUUGUUCAUAUGUUUUUUUCUUUUUUCAAGGUGACAAAGGAGAGAGAGGAUUGAAGGGGGAGAAGGGGGCAAGAGGAGAGAAAACAGGUAAGAACUCCUUCACUUAAUGAGCUGAAGAGGUGCUAUCGUGUUUUCUCAUGUUUUACACUCAAAUACUGAGUUAAAAUGUUGGAUGUCCAAACUAAAUGUGGGCAAACUCUCAGACUGUGCAGUUGACUUGUGUAGGAAUAAAAGCAGGAUGAGGCUGUAGGCAGCUUUGUAAGGCAUGUCCAGAAAGUCGCGUAACAAUUACACCAAAGAGCUGAGAGAUGGGCUUCAAGACGUCACUGAUUGGUGGAUCUCCUUAUAAGAGCAGAAUGAACAGAACACUUACCCGACCAAAACCUCUUGCUUUGUUCUUUGUUGCUAGGAGUUUAUUUUUUGAUCCUUUUUCAAACUUUCUGGGUCAGUUUCAGAGUCGCAAAUGUGGCCAUAUUUUAUUUGGAAUGAAGGAACACUAGUAAACUCAGUGACCACAACUUUGUUGGAUGGCAACAGUGGAAGAAGCCCCCCGAGAGCUGGCCCAUCAGUAAAAAUGGGCUAACAAGAAUUGACAUGAAUGAAGUCAUGAGAAAAAUUCACAGAGCAAUAAAUUUAUGGGGAAAAAGUUGUAAAAAUUUACCCAAAAAAAGAGUUCUAAGAGAGAAUACUUUAAAUGACUUUCAAAUUUAAGAAAACACGAUCAACAUUACUGGAAAAAAUAUGUAAAUCUACAAGUAGUAAGUUCUGGGAGAAAAAUCAUGUGGAAAAAGUUGUCAAUUUGUAAAAAAAAAUAUACAAAUAUUGAGUUUUGGGAGGGAAAAAAAGGGAAAAUUCCAAAAAGAAAUGUUGUAAAUUUCCAAGAUUUAAAGCUCCUGUCGGUUUUUUUUUUUUUUACAUUUAUGAAAUAGACUGAAAUUCACAUGAAUGUCACCUUAUGAUGAAUGGAAAGCAAGUAAGAUCAAUGACAAGAUUGAUGGUUUUUAUGUUGUAAUUUUUAAUACCUGAAACUGGUGUGAGCUGGUCAGUGUCAGCUGAAUAAACAGCUUUGUUGGUACAGUUUCCACAUUAUGUUAGAAAAGAGGCCUGUAUCAUAAAAAUAAAAAUAAAAUGUUUAACAAAGACAAACUACGUGAAAAUCGUAAAAGAAAACUGUGCAAAGUUAUAAAAUCAGUAAGUUCUUAAAAACGUAUACUUCCAUAAAAUGUUCCCAAGCUGCAGAGUCACUAUGAAAAUAACUGUAUAGGGCACCUCUGCUCCAGUAUCAGCACAUAUAUCAGAGCAUAUGAUCCAAAGCCAACAGUUUAAAAUGCAGGAAUGAAAAUUUACGAGCUGAAGACUUUAUGAGCCUUGUGCAUCGCUGCUUCACCUGACAUCCUGAGCAAAGUGCUGUGAGAAGUUUGAAGGAUCAGCAGAUCUGCUCCUCUUUUAGCCUGAUCUUACGGUUUCCGACUUGAGAUGAAGAACCACAUGGUUUGGUUUACAUCAAAAGGCUCUAAAAGCCAUUAUAUGUAUGCACAUGUCCUGUGGUGGUAAACUGAAGCCUCGUACAGAAACCAUUAAACUCAAAUCAGGCAGAAGAAAAAUAUGAUUAACCUCAAACCCUCAGACGUUUUGCCUGAAAUGUUGGUCUUUCUCUGUUACAUCAUCACGGUGAUGAGAGAUGGAGUGGCAUUCACGUCAAAUGGACUUGAUCCUUGGACCAUCUGAAUGUGUUUUCUGCUCAUUAGAGAGCCGUCAAAGACCGGUGCUCUCCUCACGUCAUUAACAAGACACGGAUGUUUGAGGCUUUGGAGACUUGAGGCCGGACUGGGACCACAUGCUGGUGGCUGUCAGAAAUAUUGUAUCUCCGCGCUGCGCUCUUUUCCGUCACAAACCUCAUGUGGCUGACUUAUCAUCUGAUGCAUGACUCGGGUCGUCUUACACUUCAAAGCGUUGGAUGCAUACCUGUAUGAUCACCAGAACCAGACCAAGAGUAACCCAAAACCAUGGCAGUUUUGUCUGGGAGAAAAACACACAUUCCUCCACACAUGUUAGGUGUUAACACAAAAGAGAACCUGCCACACUGGGUGUUGUCACCAAGAGGAUCAAAAAUCUUUACCUCUUUUGAAAGGCUGGACGCUACAAAAAAUAGCCAAGAGAAGCAAAUGGACACCAGACUUUAGUCCAAAAGGGAAAAAAAAGGGAAAAGUUGUGUUGAUUAUGAGGCAAAAAAAGAAAAGAGGGAACCAGACAAAAUAUUGAUCAGCAACUCUAGAAGAGGUAAUUGUAUUUUUACAACUGAGGUCCAAAGUAAAGAAAGUAACACUUUCCAUGUGUUACUUCAGGAUUUUUCACCUUAGUAGGAUGGUUAAGUUUAGACUCUCCCAGAAUGCAAUGCUGCUGUGCUGUCCCUGCUGAUUACCGAGGCAAUAAAGAGGAGUGAUCCUCACUUAAAGUCAAACUGUCUUUCUGUUACCUGCACAUAUAUAUUAUCUAUUUUACAGGGCGUCAGGGGUCCAGCUUCAACCCCUCAUGACCUUAGGCCCCAGAAACAGCCCUGUACAGACGGUUCUCUGCUUUCUCAAAUACUUCCCUUUCCUCAGAGAUUUAUUUUUCAUUGCUACAAAACGUCUUGUUAAAUUUGUCUCCAAACAAGGAUCAAAUGAGGUUUGGACCUGGAGCUGUUAACAGUUAAAGCAGCAAAAAACAUCAGACUCUAAACUGAUGCAUGGCCCCAGGAGAUGCAUGCAUCUUUGUCAACCUGCAGCUGGAGAAGUUUAUGAGAAAGAUUCAAGGAGGCAGAGAGGAUUACAGCUCACCUGUUGCAGAUCAGGAACAAAAUGAACACUGUACCUCUCAGCUGACUCAGCCUGUUACAGAUGUGCUUGUGCUUUUGGUAGAAUUAGAUCCACAGUGGGGCAAAUAUGGUGACUCUUGGAUGACCAACGCCCCACAUAAAAUAGUUUAGUCUCACCAUUGUCUCGUUAAAAAAAUAAAAUCGAUAUUUGUCUGAGUUUUUCAUGACGUAUUUAAGCUCAUCUAGGUCAAAGAAAUAAACCAAACUAUCUCUUGUGCUCCUAUUAUCAUCAUUAAAGUCCCACCCCAAUCAUUUUGUUACUAUUUAAAGUGUUCUCAGUGGGAUUUAUAUUGUGAUUAGGAAGUUUUAGCUAAAAUCACAUUACCUGUGUCAUUUUCAAAGGCUUUUCUUCUGCAGAGCUUCAGUAGCUAAUAGCAAUUCACCUCUGGUUUGUGGGUGGGGACAGCGCUGCUCUGCAAACUCCUCUUCACAUUAGCUUGCAGCCUAACAUUGCUGGUGUAGUAGAAGUAGCAGGUAACAUAGGAGCUAUUCAGCUCUCAGACACUAAUGUCUUUUGGGACAUGCUGAAAGUUAGUACUAAAAUUAGCUUUCUUACAAACAUUGCAAUCCGCUAACGCACAUGCUUGUUCCACGAUCAUCCUCUCUACUUUCUCAAUAUGGCCUGCAUAGCGGGGCUUUGGGGAUGAAGCUUGGAUUUGCUACCUAGGAAAUCUUACUGUGUCUGAUCCUGCCGUUUGGGUCUGCCAGAGAUUCACAGAUUUGAAUGCAAGAAUACUCAGAAAUGCAAUUUCACACAUAGUUUUCUCAUGAUAUGUCCUGUAGCAUCAGAAAAAUGCCAUAUGAACGUGUAGACAACAAGAAAAACAUGAUUUUCAUCGGAGUGGGUCUUUAAAGUGUCAUUAAAGUGUCAUCAUUUUUUACAUAAACUGUAAUCCCAUAAAGUAAUAUUGCUAUCUUACAUACUCUGUACUUGAAAGUACUCAUAGUCUAAGCUGGUGAGCUGUCAUAGUCUCUGUGUCUGAGUAGUUAAACAGUUUAGACUCCACUCAAAAUAAUGUGAAUUUCUGUAAAAACCUGUUUUUUUCUUCCUGAAUACGACUGAAACAGACCAUAAAAUUAUAAACUGUAUCACUUUGCUUUGAUAGGAUAAUAUGCGUGAAGCAUAUCCAACUAUCAAAUUCCCCCAUUACCAUCUUAACAGACAUUUUCUCUCAUGGGAAUAUAUCUCUGACAAAGCACGUAAUUUAAUCCUCAUUUUUGGGGGGCAUUGCAACAUUUGGUGUAAUUUUCAUUCGGCAGCUGGCACAUUACAGAGAAAUUGGAAGUGAUGCUUGAGCACAUAUAACCCCACACAAACAUGCAGCUCUUGAGGUGGUUUGAUCCCAUGAGAUCCUCCUAAGUGUUCGGGUCUAAUGUUUGACAGACUGAGUUUACGAUGAAUCUGUGCAGCCAUGAUGAUCAAACAGAAAUGAUUGAAGUUUCAGACCUCCAUGUGAAUUAUAUUUUCACUCUGGAGCUUUAGUGCAUGGGAACAUGUGAUUAUUUUUAAGUGUACUCACCUGAAGCCAGACCCAGAACAUUAAUACUUGAGAACAGAUCUUGUCUUGUGUUGAAAUCCCCCCUGCAAAGUUUGGUUUUUAUUACUCAUGUUCACUUUUUUAUUUGUGAAAUCCAAUUAUCUGUGCCUGAAACAGAACAGCUCAGCCCCCCUGCAGUUUUUAGAUUAAUCCAAUUCAUUUAUUCCUAAUAUCACUCACACACACAGUUAACAAGCCACACAUGCAGAAAAAGCUCAUACUGAGAACAGUUUAGAGCAAUAAGGUGAGUCAGUCUUGUACUUUAUGAUUUAAUCCUCAGAAUAAUAGCCGUCAUGAUGCUUUUAUGGCAAGUUUUCUCUGUGGCUGCUGGCUCUGCGGUGGCGCCUUCAGUUGUGUUUUUAAAAAGCCUUGUCUUUAAUGUCCACGGGUUCAAACUCAGCGGGUCAGUCUCUCAGAACAUGGUCUGAUUUGUCACAAAUAGGGCAAGUCAGCCUUUCACAUCCAGACUUCUUUUGAGUGGCACUGUAGUUGUGAACACUUUCAGUUUUUGUUCACCACAUGUCCAUGCUUUAGUGACUCUUCAGCCACAGAGAGACUAGGAUUCAAGUUCCUCUCACACUAUACAGAGUGUGAAUCUGGUCUGGUUACUCCUGCUUCCUGAAAGGACGGCAUAUUGUAUCCAAGUGGGAACUUCCAGUCUUGAGAAUUAAAUCGAUGCUGAAAAGUUCAGUGCUGCAGUUCCCUGAGUGCCCUCUUGAGGCUGACUGUAGAAGCACUAGAAAUCCGAUACACACACCAAGCCAAAGAAGUCUGUUGUUAGAGUGAAAAUAAGUAUGUUCACAGCCUGGACCAAAAACUAGUUUUGGUCUAAGUAGUUCAGGGCUCCCACAGCACCAACAAAACUAGAGUGUUUGAUUUUAAGUUAUUAAGGUUCAAGAUCGGCUAAUCAGAGACACAGCAGAUCUGACUGACCUGCAGUUUGGUUGAGUCAGAAAUACAAAUGUGGAGACUGCUGCUGAUACACUUCAAAACUCAGCUUCACAAACAAAUGGGUGAUAUCACUGACACUCUGUCCAGUUAUUAUACAUUCUGUGAUUGUAUCUCAUACCUAGAUUCAAUCAUUUAGACAAAUGUGCCUCAGACCAUUUCCAUAUGUGGCUGUACGUGAUUGGAUCAUCCUCAACACAUCUGAGGUGUUUUUAAACCUCUGGUUUAGACUGGUUUCUUGUGAUCUAAUCACUAAGACCAUCCAUCCUCCUUGAGUAAAUAGGGUUUAUAUUUGUGCUCUAGAUGUAUGUUGAUAAUGUUAUCCAUGCAUGGACAAAGCCAAAUCUUUUGUUGUUCUAAGAAGUGAUAGAUUUUCUACUUUGACCUUUACUGUCUGUGUAACUUUGAUUUUAUAAUAAUGUCGGUCACCUGUGGAGUUAAAGCUUCUUGAUCAGUCGUGACAAAUUUUGCUAACUUUUAGGGCUGGGUGAUAAAACGAUAACAAUAUAUAUCAAAAAUUUAUUUCCCGCAAUAUCAAUAUAAACAUGGUCAAUAUCCUUUUCAAUAGUCAGCAUUCUGCCAUGUUGUGGUAGACUAUAAAAAUAGCCAAUGAAAAGGGGGAGUUGCUCCAGGUCCACUUCACACUGAACCAAUCAUGUGGUGAAGAAGAACCAAGUAGCAAACAGCUGCAUAGUAGCAGACUGCAGCUACAACCAUAGCAUUUUAACAUGUGAAGCCGACAGUCGGUGAGAAAAAAAGAAAAUUAGUGCUACCACCAGCAGAAAUGCAGAUGAAGGCUCAACAGAUGACGACAUCGUUGACAACACUGGCACGAAAACAUUGGUGGUGGAGGUAUUUUGGUAUUUUUGAGGUCGGACAUAAAGCAAAGUGCACUGCAAAUUAUGUUGCGUACAUGUUCUUGCAAAGUCGGGAAUACCUCAAAUCUUUUUCACCACCUGAAGCAGUGCCAUGCAGCAGAGCACUCACAAUGUGAAAGAUAAAAAAGCCAGAGCGGAGCAAGGAGCCCAUGGCGCCUGUGCAGCCGAAACAGCUGACCAUUCAGUCCACUUUCUCUAGCGCAACACCUUACAAUAAAACGUCAAAGAGACACAAAGACCACAGAUGCAGUAGCUUAUUGUAUUGCAAAAGACAUGCUACUAAUAAGCACUGUUAAAUUUCAUUUUUUUAUAUCGUGAUAUAUAUCGAUAUCGACUGAUAUGAUAAAAAUAUAUUGUGAUAAACUUUUUCCCAUAUCACCCAGCCCAACUAACUUUGCACAAAACACCUGCCUUAAAUUCAUGGAGAGUCUGUCUGUAUGAGAGCUACAUUUCACAGAGACUCAGCAGCCACACAGAGGACUGAGAUCAUCUGCAGAAAAGGAUCAAGAAUAUUAAAAUGAUUGGUUUGGUUACUGCUGCAUUUUUUCAUUCAUAAAGUUCAUAAAAUGAUCACGUAAAUAAAGUUUCUCUCCUAGCAAGCAUGCAAGCCAAGAAAAGCUGCAUGUAUUUCUUAAAGUCAAUCAUUUGUAUCGUCAGUUUCUGCCAUAUGUGCUGGACAAACACGAGAACUGAAAAGAACAUUUUUCUGUGCAAAAUCGUACAGAGAGAAUCAUGGCCUCAUUUUAGUGUGCAUGUCCACCGCUCAAGAAAAGUCCAUUAGAAGCAAAUAAAAAAUGUAAAGAAAUAUUAGUAUAGAAGUAAAAGGAUGAAGGCAUUAAAAAGACUAUAAGGUUAUACUCAAUGAAGGACAAUAACUGCAGAGCUUUAAGGAGAAGAUUUCAUAAACAGAUGGAGCUUGUUAACAUUUGCCCUGCAGCUCUUCGCUCCUGUCCAGUCCAGACUCUUCCUGCCUGCCAGAAAAACAUUAGUAAUACAAAAUCACUCCAUGUUCUGGCUGUUUCCUCAAGUAUCGACAGUCUGCUCCUGCUGCUGGAGCCUCUCAGGCCUCAAGUUUGAACCAUCUGAACCACCACAAACUCUCAGAGCUCAAUUAUUCUCGUUUUUCUGACACAAAACUCUCACUAUGAGUUUUGCAGCUCACUUAAAUUCAUAAAAGUGGAGCAAAAACUUCAAUGAAGUGUUGAGGUUUUCAUCCAAAUAGCUCGUGUUUCUGUGUCAUGGUUGUUCAGCGCAAUAAUCACGGCUGUCAAACUGUGGAGAGACAGGAUGAGUUAAAGGCAGGAUCAUUGAUUUUUUUCUAAUUACUUAAGGGAGUGUUUACUUUUGUUUGACGUCUUCUCUUUCCAGACUGUAUCAUUGUGCUAAAGGGUUUUGAUUCAGGAAAAGUCAUUACAGAUUCGACAUAAGAUCUGAGUAAUCUGUUGAAAUCAGCUUUCUGAGACUUAGUUUCCACUGCAGGAAAAACAGCUUUAUUCGUUUUUGUCUUGUUUGGGUCCAAAAACGAAAUCUGUGGUUUUGAAAGGUUAAUAUUGAAUUAUAUUAUAACACUUUUUAGGAACAAGAGUGAAGGACACCAGAUAAGUGUUUUCAAAAACAGUGUGCUGCUGUUAGCUACCGUUGCUACGUCUGUUACUCUUUCUUUUCUCACAUAGUGAACGGGUGGUUAACAGUGACAGAUUUACCGCUCCGAGGGCUGGAUUUAGUCAAAGUUUGCGUGUGCAGAAAUGUGUGAAAACCUCAUAAACCUGCAAAAAAAUGGGCGAACUGAUCUACUAAUGGUGCGCACUGAGGACUGUAUUUUUCGCAUUGUCCAUUUAGUACAUGUGCCUUGACAACUGUGAUAUAUGGGGCUUGUAGUGGAGAUACAGGAACAGGGAACUCUGGAUCAAAGUUUUCACUAGAUUCACUCAGGGGUGUCAACCAGAACAUCACUUAAGGGCCCAGUUAUCCAGACUAGUCAAUAAUAAGAAAUAAGAGUUGGUUCAGUGGUCCUGUAAUACAGCUAAGCUAAAUCUUUCAACUCAAAUCUCAAACAAAAAAGACUUCAGAAAGAAUGUAGAUGUAAAUCAAACUUUGAUUAUUAUGGAGAAAAUGUCAAAAACUUUAAAAGUUUUAAAAAAUUCUUGCUUAUCCCUAAAUUUCUGUAAGACAGGACAGAAGAGAUUGAAGUUUACUGGGGUCAUGUGAAAAGACAGAUAUAUAAAGUUGGGCGUCAUCAGCAAAAAAAUGAUCAUUGAUGUGGAAGUGUGAAAUAAUAUUUCCACAUGGAAGCAUGUACAGUGAAAAUAAAAGAGGCCCGAGAAUACUUCCCUGAGGAACACCAACGCAUUAGCAUAAAGUAGCCUAUCACAGAUUUCUCUCAUAUUUUCAGAUCAGUUCUACCUUCUUGAAUAUCACAACACUAAAUUUGACAGAGCAUACGGUACAUUUUCAAAUACUCUGGACAUAAAUCAGAAGGAUAAAAGCUAAGUGACUUAGCCAACUGACAAACAAAUACAUUGUGAGGUGUUCCAGGUCUGGUCAGUAAGAUAAUCGUACAAAGUCGUGAUGUGUUUAAAUGUCUCAUCUAGAUAAAAAGGGGAAUAAAGGGUUUUGGUGACAGCCUCUAUAAAUACAAUUGUUUGCCAUCAGAGAGCCGUUUUGUUUUGCACUGUUGCAAUAAGUCCAUGAAGAGUUUUCAGCCAAAUCCAAGAAGCAAAUUGUUUCUAUUGUUUAGAAGUCAGUUUCAUCUAGCAAAUCAUUUUAAAAGACAUUUAUUGAUUUAACUUUAAAUUCCCAUUAAACAAGGAUUGAUUUUUUACCAAAAUUUACUCCCUCUGGGUUACAUAAUCCAGAAAUAUUCCAGCUCAGCUCAACAUGGCAGACAUGAAUGACUGAGAGGUCUUCUUGUAUGGUUCUCAUUAUCCAUGAAGACUGCAGGUCUACAUGUUCUGCCUUCAUCCACAACCUUUUCCCCACGGUGGGGAGUCUCUGUAGUGGGAGACGAGGAAUGAAGAAAGGAUGAAUAGAUUAAGAGAGAUGUGAGAAAGGUCGCGAGGGCGUACUCACAUGUGAAAACUGAUAUAAAAGUGAUGUAUGAGACAAUGUAGAAGUUGAACAUACAAGGCGAGUCAUUUAUAUAACCGAUAUGUGAUUUUUUUUUGAUUAUCUUUAUCUCAAUUAAGCCUCAUACUAACCAGGUUUUGUUUAUGAUGUUUGUUUGUAGAUGCUUACAUCCAAGGCCAGCUCUCUUUCUGCUGGACUUGAGCAGAUUUUGGUUUGUAGGCUCGAAAAGUUCAUUUCACAAUAUCCAGUUGACAAAGAAGCCGUCCAGUAUUGUAAGCGCUAUAAAUCACAGUGAUCCCUUAUGAAGUGGCAGCAGGUUCUCUCUCCCUUUACUCAACUUUAAAACAUUAAAACUAGCCAGAUCAUUUGAUACUUGAUGAGCAGACAAAUAGUUUCGCCAUCUGUUUCAGGUAAUUGAGAAUAAAAUGACUCAUCCUAUCAGUUCGGUAUUUGCUGUUCUUGCGCUCCGCUUUCCUCUCUCUUUGUUUUCUCGAAGUUCAUGAAAAGAGCAGCAGGAGGUUGAAAGUGUAUCUUGUUUCUGGCUUUAAUUUGCAGGAAUAUGAUACAAAUACAUGCAGCAGAUAUGAUGGUUUAAUAUUAUGUUAGAUAUUAUAUUAUGAUGGGCUAGUAAGUGCAGAGUUCUUGACUUUAUAAUGAGAGUUAAAUGGUACACAGUUAAAAUUUAUGAUGGUCCGAUGAGGUUAAUAUCCUGUCUACAUCGUGUGUCUGGUUUUACUCUCCAGCACUUUUUGUCAACAGUCUCAGCCGGCGAGUAGAUCUUAACACCAUAGAGCCUUUUGCAUCUGCGUCUCCAUGUGCGUGUUUACCUCCCUUUGUCAUUUUUUCUGUCUUCGUAGUGAAAAGCGAUAAAUCAUGUCAAUUAUAUGAGCACAGCUGCUCUGUGGUUUCAGGGAUACCAGAUGUUUGGUGGAUCCAUGAAGCUCCUAUUAACCCAAAUACACACUCAGCGGGAAAUACCCCAUGAGCAUGACUUCAAUUAAUGAUGAUUCAGAGUUCUUUUCAUGCAAGUGUAUCCCAGAGCAAUAUGCUACCAAACAACAGUGAGAGUUUACACAUCCAAUACUGUAACAGUUUUAAUUCUUAAAGUCUUUGUAAACCAGCCAUAUAUAUCAAACUGUGAGAAAUAAACCACAACUCCAACUCGCAAAAGUGGCUGAUGUGUAAAAUGUUUGGAAAUUUGAGAUUUUGAUGGUGUGAAUAUAAUUUUAACAUUAUGUUUAAUCAAAAAUAGUGCAAAAACAACAUGUCAGAUGUUAGAACUGAAAAAACUAUAUGAAAUGUAUAUGCUCAAUUUAAGAAUGAUACUAGCAACACAUUUAUAAAAGUUAGAGCAGCACUGAAAAAGUUGUGAAAUGCAAAGCAAACCCUGAAAAACACCAGUUUGAGCAGCUUGACUAGGUAUUGAAAGGAAUUCUAGAGAGGCUAAAGCUAUAGAUGAGAACAGGUUCACUGCUCUGUGAGAGACUGAGUGAGUAAAUAGUUCCUUGAUUUACAAAAAAUGUUCCUCAGAGCAAAAUUACAAAGAAUUUGGGGCUAUUUGAUCAUAUCGAAAUAUCACUGAAAAAUUCAGUUAAUCUGAAGAAAUAUUGACAUGAAAGGGGCUAAACUGUGGAUCUUUAUGACCUAAGUAGUGCUGCAUUUAAGGCAGACAUGUCUCUGUAGUGGAAAUCCCAGCAUGGGCUCAAAAUCACUCUCAGUGAUUGUAUGUGGACACAAGUUUGUUGCUGCAUCCACUAAUGCAGUUUGAAACUAAUGGAAAACUACUUGUAAAUGUGGUGCAUACACACCAGCAGCUUCUCUGGGCUAAGUUCUUUGAAUGAUCCUGUGAUGAGUUUUUGAUCGAUUUCAAAACAGUCCGAUAUGAAAAGUGAUAAACCUCCAUGAUGUAAAAAUGAAAAUGAAACCAUCUAUGACAAGGCUGUUAAUCCCUAACUGUUAUUUAAAUGCCUGUUAUUGCAGUGAAGGGUGAAGUUCACUGAAGGAGCAGCAUAUGUUAAUUGCCCCACAGUAAACCUUCACAACAAGUGAUUUAUCAUUCUGCAAUAAGAUGAUCAAGUGAGAUUUUGUGUGGAUUAACAACACUUUAUGAAAAUAAGAUAAAAUCAGCAACAGAAUAAGGGUUAGAAUUUUGUUCACAGGACAACAACACAAGACAACACAAAGUUCCUCACUAGAGCUUUAAAGUAGACUGAACUGAAGUGGAGAAAUGUGGUGUGGUCUUGGGAUUCAAAAUGAGAUAUUCUUUGUGUAACUCUUUAACGGCACAUCCUCCGCUCUUAAGAGAAGAGGGACCACCUAGCUUGUUCUCAGCACGCAGUUCAAAGAGCUAGCUUACACACAUAAGAGGGCACCAAUAAUAAAGAACAAUAAAUGUAGGUUUUGGAGCAACAUGUGCCGCUACCCAGAUAAGGCUUUUUUCAAAGACAACCUCUUGUAAUUCAAGACAAUGCCAAAUCACAUUCUGUAUGUAUCACAACAGCAGGCUCUGUAGUAGAAGAGUCCAGAUGCUUAAAGCCCAGCUGGUCACCCACUGAAAUGAAAAAUCUAAAAAACAUAAAACAGUUGUCAUGAAGCUAAACUGCUUUUGAUGCUGACGCGAUGAGACGAUAGAAGCAGCUCUUGUGUUUGACUGCUCAGUAUGAAGCUAAAGUCAAUAGCCAGUUAGCUUAGCCCAAAGACUGUAAACGAGUAAACAUUAAAAUGAAAAAGGAGAACUCCAACCAUGAGGACCUCUACAUUACCUCCAAGACAUUGUAUCUUGAACCUCCACAAGACAAGUUGCGGUUUUAUGAGGGGUUACGUGCUGGACUUGUUCUGUCCUGGGAUGGAUUCUUGUCCAGCAAAAUGACAAACUAACUGCUUACAGAUGCAUGAAGGGAGUUAAAUAUUUUAAAAUCUCUGAGACCUCACUGUGCUGUUAAGUUCACAAGAUUGCUCACAGACAACAACUCAUGAUGUUCAAAUGAGGGUCAGCAAUCAAUGGACAAACUUCGAUGCCAAAUGUUUUUAACCCCACCACCCUUUUAUGAGGGGAAACGUCCCAUCUCCCUAAAUACUUAUUUUUUAUUCUUCUUGUCGAAUCAAAGGAGAUAUUUUGUGGUUUGGAUCCAAUUCUGCUGCAGCAUGUGGAAAACAACCUCUCGGUCUGUGUUUGUUUUCAUCUUGAUUUGAUUUACGAUGCUUCAUUAAACUCAUAAACACUCACAAUGAAAAUAAUCUGUGCUGUGUGAGUUCAAACAUGCAGGCUAAAAGUUGGCAUAAAUAAUGAGGAAUCUGUAUUUCUGCACACUAAAGAACAUGGAGGCUUAUGGAGCUGUGAGAGACGGCGUUUUAUUACAUGGAGAGAAAAAACUGUCUGCACACACAUCAAAACAAUUGUAAAUGCAUUUGCUGAUUCAUUUGUAUUUACUUCAGUUUGUUUGUUUGUGUUUUCUGCAGUGGAGGAGACGUUGGUGCGGCUGGUAAAUGGGUCAGGUGUUCAUGAAGGUCGUGUCGAGGUUUUCCAUGAGCGCCGAUGGGGGACGGUGUGCGAUGACGUCUGGGACAAAAAGGACGGAGACGUGGUGUGUAGGAUGCUGGGAUACAGCGCAGCCAUCGAGGUGCAUAAGAUGGGCCGAUUCGGACAAGGUAAGAUCCUAAUUACACCUGGACAAUACAACUAGCUAUAUUAUUUAACAGAACUGUGUCAAAAGAAGAGAUGCUUAACUGUUGAGUAAAACAACCUCAUGGUGAGCCAAUUUUAAAGACUCCUCAAUCAAAGAAAACAAGUGAGACAGACCUGAGAUGAGACAAAGCGGUUAAAUGCUUCUCAAACUGCAGUUCCCUGAGUGGCCACUUGAGGCUGGUUGAAACCGCAUCUUAACCCUUCCCUCUGAAGAGCAAAAUAAAUAUGUUUAUAGCCCUGUUCAAAAACUAGUUUUGGCUUAACUAGCUCAUUUUUCUUUCAUUACGCACUAAAUGUAGAGUUAAUUUGGGUAGUUGAACGGCAUAAAAGUUAUGAGUCAAUUCUUCACAUAACAUUCAUCAAGUUAAACACCAGAUUUCAUUUUAAAUAAAGUUUUUUUGCACUGUGUCAUAAAAAAUAGAGGGAUUUUAGCACUCUAGUAAAUCAUCCAGCUUUUUUGAGCUUUCAUACAUCAUCCUUAUAACAUCAAAAUUUUGACUUGUAUUUUUUAAUGAUUUGGAACAAUCCCUUUCACUUUUAGUGCUCGGGAUCACUAUAGCUUCUCCCUCUAUCUUGUCAUGCUCAUUCUGUCCAUAGACACACACCAGCCUCCUCUUGCUCUUCUCCCCACUCUCCUCUCUCCAUCUGUGGCUGAUAGUUUGUACCUCUGUUAAACUUAACGUUAAUCUCCUUGAGCUUCCAAACUUUGUCUCACAUUGAUCUGAGCUGCUGCUGAUGAAGUGAAGGUGUCUGUCUUAUUCAGAAUGUAAUAGUCAUGAUUGACUGAUACUGGCUGCCUGAUACAACUGAGCAACAGGAGUAUCUGCUCUUAUUUUUUCCACUUAAAAGGCUCCCUGGUUGGUGAGGAGUGACUCCACAGCUGUAAAGUUUCAUCUAUAUUGAAAACAUACACUCUGCAGAGAUCACUUGCGUUUCAAUCUGGGCAAUAUGACAAUGAAUGGAUGAUAUACUCAUAGUAAUUUUAUAUCUGCUCUCUUUAUAAGCUCCUUCCUUAUGAGUCUGUGGUUGUGAAGUUUUAUCCACCCUCAGCACAUCCCCUAAAGGAAGUAUUCCUGUUUUUUUACCAACUCUGUCGUUUUUCAGAGCAUCCGAAAUGCUACGGGGAUUAAUAUUUAAAGUUUUAUAGGGAAAGUCGUGAGCGCCAGAUGUCAUCAAAACAAAGUCUCAGAGGACAAAUCCAUCCCUGGCUUUCUCUCUAUUUUAUUUCAUUCACACAGUCAGCCUUACAUCAUUCAGAGUCCGUGUCCAGGCCUCAAUGAGUUGUUAGAAAUAAGUCUGGAAAUUUGGGGAAAAACAGCUUUUGUUCCAUAGGACGACCUCCAGGCAACAGCGGGGACUGAGAACACAGCUGGAUUCAAUUUCAACACAAUCUGGUAUUCAAAUACAUCUUUUCAGAUCAGUCACAUACUUUUAGGAUUGUUUACUCUCACUUUUUUUUUUAAUUCAUAUAAUUUUUUCAAGUUUUCCAGGCAUUUCUCAGAAUUUAGGUUUUAUUCUCAUUAUGGAGCUCAUGAAAUAUUCUCUUCAGCAUGCAUGACUUCAUCUGAAAUACUUGCACUUUUAUAGCAACUCUGGAGUUUUGUCCAACACAUACAUUUGUAGCACGUUGGUAUUUUAGACACUAGUGCUCAGGGUUUAACUGAAUUUGAAUUUCUAUGAUGUCUUUGGCUUUCCAUGAUUAUGAGACUAGAUAACUGAGAUUGAACAAUCGCUGCUGCCUGCACUCGCUUCCCUCAAACAGUUUUCACUCCAACUUUUGGGAGCUACAGCCAGGGUUGGACUGGUAAUUUGGCACACAGGCCAAUACAUCCAAGGGCUGGCAAGCUUUGACUAUAACAUGCCAUCAUUAGAAGAGGAGAGAGGAGAGCUGGGUGAGGAGGAAGUGUGUGUGUGUGUGUUAGUAAAGCAGAGGGAAAGAGGGAGCACCAGAGGAGGGAAAGUUGGAGCAUUAACAAGCUGACUGCCAAGCUUAACAGAGAGCGACAUCAGUUUGGUUCAAUCAAUACACACCUAUGCCAGAGGCUAAAAUAAGAGAUACAAAAAUCACUUCAGGGAAAAAGAAGCAGUUUUCAGAUAAUUACAGUCAAUAAAGAGCAUAAAUUAAGAGUUUCAGCAGCUUUUUUACCCUUUUAGUAGUAAAUGGUUCCAAUUUACUGCCAAGUUUGCUUUUCAAAAGCUAUGAGUAAAGGUCUGAAGUGUCUAAAUUUGGCUUUGUGAAAAUGAAAGUAUCCUUUAAAAUGUUUUUCAAGAGUCUCCAGAUAAUCUAGCACCACCGAACGUAAUAAAAAAUACAGAUAUUUGACUCCAAAAUAGAGCAUUUCUUGUUAAGUAUUUCUGGUGGUCAGAUUGGCUCAGGUCCUGCUCCUGCCAGUACGGCAACUCUACCAGGACAAACUGCAUCUAAGGGUUAAAACUCCACUCAUAAACUCUGAGAUGGGUUUGAAGAGUUUUUAGGUUCAAUGGACAUUUAUUUCAUCAAAUCAGUGUGCAAUUGAGCUAAAUAUUAAUUAAAGAAUCAUGACCCUAACAGAACAUGGCAAGUAAAGAUAAGAUAAGAUAUUUCUUUAUUGGUCCCUCAGGGGAAAAUUCCAAACACAGGGAAAAUCCAAGUAGUGACGAGAAGAAGUUGGAGAAACUGAACCAUCAACCUUGAUCAUAACAGCAAUUGCUUUGCUAUAAAAAUAAAGUUAAAGUUUCUGUGUGAGAUCAAGAUAAAAAAAACAGUCGCUUAAAUUAUAGUAAUGCAGUUAUUUUAAUUUAAUUUGAAGGAGCUCCUUCAGCGCUGAUCCAAAACACAACAGAAUCCAAGACAAAGUUUGCUGCAGACAGAAACUGUAACCAAUCAAAUCCAUCUGCACAGCUUAGUCAACCUGAAAGAAGUCUGUACUUCAGUGCAUUUAUCUAUGAUUAGUUAAAUAUUAAAAGCAGACAUUUACUCUUGCUGUGAGUUCAGCGCAGGCUUAUUUCACUGAUGGUUGCUUAUUAAAUGGACUGCUAAAGUAGAUCAAAAUCCAAUACUUAAAAAUAAUCAGUGCAGUAAGAUAAUAUUCCAAGCAUGCAAAUGUAGAUACCUCUGAAUCUGAGUGAUUAGGUUAAUGUAGGGCUUGCCUGAGUAAAUAUUUGUCUCCAGUGAUACUGAGGAUUUCCAGUAAAUGAAAAAGAAGCUCUCUCUGCCUAGGUGAAUGAUGAUUUCUAUCUCCCAUGACAAGAAACAGGAGAGCUGAGUUUGUUUGACCUUGUGAUCAGUGAGAAGAAGCAGAGAUAGACCCUGGAGGAGAAUCACUCACAGAGGUUGGAGAACAUGGGCUUAAACAAAAUCCAGGACUGCAUGAUUCUCUGCAGAACGGGGUGUUUUAUGUCUGCAUGAGUGUAAAUUUGCAUUGUUUUGUCCUUGAAACGAGCCGUUACUUCCGAGAAUUAUCACAAAAAAUGUGGUCAAGAGCGCCUCGUCUGUCUGUCUGCAGACACUGUUGGCUGUGAAAGUGUGUUAAAGUCCAGAGUAAACAGCUUAAAGGUCCGUGUCCACUAAAGCAAACCCUGAGAAGUCCCAGCAGAGGAACAGCUGGUGCUGAUGUAUCCCCCUGUGCACACCUCAUUUCCAUCCUGUGCAGCGCUGCAUGGAGCCACGUGCUCCUGCUGUUACAGGCUGCUUUGAAGACGUCAGAUCUGCAGCUUGUUCCUCUUUGUUAUGUUACAUUGUGGAGGAAAGCAAGAAUUCAGGAAGCAUAUGGUUCUUCUGUGGUGUUGGUUUGUUGAUUUUUGUGGUUGCGGUCCAGAUAUCAGCUUUUAUAUGCAAAGUUUGAUCAGAUUUAUAGAUAAAAGUCUGUUUAUGGAAAAUAAAUAUUUUACAUUUCCUUGCUUUGGACAGAAGACUUCCUUCAUUGUUGAUUUUUCCAACAUUUCUCUCUUUUAAGCUCCCAAAAAGUUUUAUUUACUCAGGUUCUCUAAUCUUAGCAGCGUGAUAGAUAGCCCCAUAUGUCGUGCAGGCUUUGAAGCACAUUUUUGGCUCAGGAUAGUGAGCUGUGUAAAUAAAAUGAUCCUUUCUCUCUCAGUUAUUUUUGUGCAGAUUUCAGUGAGGAGUUCACAUACGAUUUAACAUAUGUAAAGCUUUAAACAGUUUUCCAGCUUUCACUCUAAAACUAAUGCUCUAACUCUUAAGACUAGCCUUAGUUGAGAACUAACUUUUUCUACCACAUUGUCAACAGGCAGAGGGCAGAUGUGUUGGACCCCGUCACACUGUCCAGUUUAUGUGUUGUGUCUUUGGUGACACUUUUGCUGUUUUUGUGUGGUUUUGACCAUAGGCUGUAUAUGCUACCCAUGUGCAAUAGAAGGCUAUUAGACGUCUUUUCUUUUUUUAGACCUAAUUUCAACUGUCUAGAUUCUGUAUAUCUUUAGACAGAAUUUAGACGUUGCACUUUAACCCUUUACUCAAAAACUAUUUAUUUCAAAAAGCAACUGUGAGUUGCAUAAAUGAUCUCCAAGUACUUAAAGCUAUGGUCUACGAUCUGAAAACCAGUUUGGCUGUUGAGACAGAUUUGAAAAACGCAGCCUGCCCCCCCUUCAGUUUGGAUUGGUUGAUUAUUCUGCCUUUUUGCAGCAGAUAUACUGAAUGUUUUUUUUUUUUGUUCUUUUUGAUCUUUAUAUUGUUAGAUUGGACCAUAACGGCCUUAUAAACGGUGUUAUUAAUAAGUCCCAAGCUUCCAAGUGGUAGAUCAUAGCUGUAGCCAAAAUAAUUAUGAUUGCCCUUGAGCAAUACACAGACCUCUGUAAGCCGGCUAGUCUAAACUUGCUCAAAAUUUGGACGUCUAAAAAACUUUCACUUUUAGACCUGUGGUGACCUGAUUUUAGACCAAUCGUCUAGGCUACAUUUAGACGUCUAUUAGACCUCUUUUAGACCAAAAAAUGCUCAGUGGGCUAUGAACAAAUAUGCUCCACCUUCUGUCAGUAUAGGAACUUGAAGCCAACUUGCUCUUGGUAUAUCUAGGAUUUUCUCCACUUCCUGGAACCACCACUUGCGCAGUAGUGUUGUAUGCACUCGGCGGGAGAGUCACUGUGAUGAUGCUCGUCUCAAACAGCAUAUCCCCCAGAUGAUCUAUGCAAUCUUCCUAUGCCCAUAGGCUGUAUCAAGUUUCAAUCAUAAACCCCCUAAUGACUUUUAAAAGUGGAGCUGCACAGAAAAAAGAGGACUUGAGCACAAACCAGUCUUACAGUAACUACAUGUCAAUGUUGUAAGGGGAGAAAAAAAUUGUAUUCUGUGUAGUACAUUUCCAAAGUUUGUCCACAACUCCAUUAAGAUUGCUGGAGGAGGUGGGAUUUAUCACCUAUACUGCAGCCGGUCAUCAGGGGGGGCUGAUCCAUCAGAAGUUCCUGCAUAGAAAAGCCCAGCAAUAGUAGGGUGUAUUUAUGGUGGAUUGUUGAGUCAAACAAACAUGGAGCCCAGAGUGGAGGAGACCUGUAGUCAAAUUUAAAAGAUUUCAGUCAACAUAAGUCACACCAAGGAUGUCACUGGACUUCAUAUCCUGAAUUUCCAGUCGUAUAUUGAGCUGAAUUUAACCCACAACCACUGUAUUUUACAGUACUUGAACUAAAAAUGUCUACGCCUCAACAAACUGAAGCAUACAACAUAUGUUUGACAUUACAGCUAUGACAAAGAAGUUCCCUUUGUUUCUCCCCGUCAUUACAGACAUACUGAGAAUGAUAAAUGAUUAUCCAUCAGAUCGCUGCAGUUUGUCUCAUCUGACGUGUUCAAACGCUGGUGAUGACAACUGAAAAUGGGCGAGUUAACAGCGUGAUGACAACUGAAGUUGGUGUCUGGUUUUAUUUCAGCAAAGUGAGGAGGAAACUUUCACCCUCUGAGUGACUCGACUCCUGUGUAAAGACCUGCUGUCCUGCAGCCCCACUGAACACUCAGGAACAUGUCUCAUGAUCCAGCUCUGUUUGUCUGUCCUUAUUUACACAAAGUCACAAAUGUGCUUCUAGCUGAAAAAUUGUCGUUUAAUUUGUUCAGUAAAUUUAUUAACUCACUCAGUCUGGAGACAGUUUUUAUUAAACAUUGAGAGUUUUUCCAAAGCUCAAUUUAGAGGUUGUUAUUGUAGUGAUAGGAUGGCGUGUCUCUUGCCAGUUAUUUGACUUACAGUUUGAACUUAAAAGAAUAAAUCAAUAAAGAGCUAAACAGGACUGAAAGGUUUUAUUUGAUUUGAUAUGGCAUAUCGAACUUUAUGGCAGGGAGCUUGAUGUUAAUGUUGUGUUUGGGUAUCAUGUUGCUGUUACAGAGCACUGUGCAAAUAUUUAGACUAAUUGUGUUUUCAUGCUUUGGCGAUGUCGUUCAGUCUUCAAACUUUCAUGUCAGUGAAGCUAUUUGAGUGGAAAUGAAAUGAAAAUCAUCUGAGGACUAACCAAACAUCAUUUAUAUUUAUGUUUGAUGAAUAUUUUCCACAAAGAAAAAGUUUCCACUCAAUAAACCUGAAGAAAAUUUCUCUGAACGCAACGGGAAUGAGGGCAAAUGAGCAUUAAAAUGUAAAGUCUAAGGCAGGUAAUGAUGCUUGCAGCUUAAAUCAGCACUUGAACUGGCUGGUGUUGUGCGUUCAAAGGUUAAAAGACUAAGUAAUUCCUAAAAUUUUGUUUUAUAUUGACACAAUAUUUCAACUUUAGCUACAACACAAUUUACGUGAUUGUCUACAAUGAGCAAGAUGAUGAAGGUCAAAGUUUAAAAUCACUUUGACAUCCUUAUGUCACGGUAAGACGCCCUGUUUCAGUGAAAAAGGAUUUAUCAACACCAGCAUUGUUUCUCUCAACCACCAGAUUUGUCCAUGAACUUCACCACCUCUUGGCCUGUCUCGUGUUUAUCCUGCUAAGUUGGGCAAAUGAAAAACAAAGGCUCUAAAAUUAGGCUUGAAACGCAGUUCAACAAAUCACAACACCAUCAUUUGUCAGAUGGUCUUAAUGGGCCGAUAGUUCUUGAUUGUGACAGCGCCUUGAACUUUGUGCCAGUUUGAGGAUGAAAUGAGGAGAAAGAUUAAAAGUUUGGGUUUAGACUUUUUCCAUUUGGCCUGAAGCUGAUGAAGUGCUUUUGAUUAAACUUCCCCGCUGUAUGUGAAAUUGGCCUUUUAUUCUUCCUCAUCAGGAUUUUUCUGUAUCAUGUAUGUUUGACAUAUUAUUAUCUGAUGUUUCUUAUCAGUACAAUGUGUUUGAAUUCUCCUUUGACAGCUGAACACCUGAAUGAUAAACAGUUAUGGUUCAGAGUAAAGCAGCAGAGGUUACACAAGUCCAGAUGUUGCUUUUAAGGGGCAGCUCUGAUGAGUCAGCCUCUGCUCAGGCCUGUGGUAAAUUAACCCUUCCAUUAACAAGAUUUAGUACUAUAAGAAACAAAGCAAUGCUGCAUGACAGGAUACAAAGAGGCAAAACAGGAUAGUCUACACCUAGAUACUGUACAGUACUAGACUGAUGUGAAACCACAAAGUUACCACACGGUACCAUAUGAUUCAACAAGAUACCAUGUGAUGUGUACUGUCAUACACACAGAGAAAUAGGAGUACAUAAGAUACAAUACCUUACAAUCCUAUACCUUAUAAUAUGUAUGAUAUGAUACAGUAUCCCAUAAUACCAUCCCUCAUUGCUGCUGUUGGGCAGAAACCUUUUAUAUCCAGAAGGUAAGCACUGCUUGAGUUUCAUCCAUAUGUUUUUUUGGGGGGCUUUCACACCUACCUUGUUUGGUCCGGACUUUAGGACUUCUCUGUUUAGUCUGUUUAAACCUCCCUAGGACCUUGGUCCAGACCAAACAGCUGGGCCUUGGUCCGACCAUAAGAGGUGGUCUUGAUCCGGACCAAACUGAACCAUGGUCUGGUUCAUGUCCAGUGUGAAAGCAUUAUUUUGAAAGGUUUACGCCUUCAUACCAAAGACAGGAAAUGACACGAGGAGUACAAGUGUCCGUUAUUGUGAGUAAUGGAGACUGUUCACAAACGGGAGAUUUUAAAAUACUGUAGAUACCUCACUAUCUUUUCAAGAGUUUUACAACGCAUACUUUCUCUCCAGAGUCGGUGUUGCAGUAGCUAGCAGGAUUGUAUACUUCUUCUCUUUUCCUGUCAACAACAUUCAAGUUGUCGUCUAAUGAUAAAAUUCUUAAGACGAAUUCAAAGUAGCCUCCUGUACAGCUCUUUAAAUUAUUGCUGUCGGUAGUUAAAAAUCAACAAUAAUAUAUGGGGGGAAUGACGAUUUUAUUAAUGUUUUACAAUAUUCAAGACCCGUGUCACUUAAUGUGUUGAUGUCAGAAGCCGCUGGCCAAAUGACCAAUCAAUGUAAACUACAGACAUGCAAAGCAAGUAGUUGAUGACGAUAUCGUGUAGGUUCGUCAUGUAAAGUUUGUUAGUCUGUUUGCUAUAAUGACAGUGUGAAACCUAAACAGACUGAACCAAAUGUAUAUAAUGUAACAAAAAUAUGGACCCUCAGGUGUGAAAACACCCUUGGACACUUUUCAUCUGUAAAAUGUCAAAAAACCUACUGACAAGCAUGAAGGGAGAUCAAUCGUAUUGAUUCAUGAAAAUAAUAAUAAUGAUAAUGAUAUUAAAAUGAAGUCAGUGGGUAAGGGUGUGUUUUCUGUGCUGGUUUUUAUGUAACCCAAACUACAAUGUGCAAACAGCUAUCGCUCUUGUUCCCUCACAGCUGACUAUGAUCUGCUGCAGCCAGCUACGAAUGUUGCAAAAGCGGGACUUUCUGAAACACUCCUGUGAUUGCUGUUUUACAAACAGGAACUGAGGUUUAUAGCAAAACAACACUGCCAAAAGCUCUGCUUACCAGCUGGGGCUGUUUAUUUUAUUCCCGGAUAUGAUAUUAUCUGAUCAGCAGUCCUCAGAGGAGACGCUCUGAGUACUAGCUGUCUCAAUCAGGAGACUCAUUUACACAAUUUCAUUGGUGACUGAUUCUUGGACUGAAACUUUGAUUUAUGUAAAAGUGCAGCGGGAUCAUUUUACUUUACUGAGGCUCUUAACCUUUUGUUGACUUUUAAACAUUUUGGCAACAAGCAGAAUAACAAUUUAAGAAUAAGUCGACCACCUGGGACACCGAUACAACAUUCAAGAAGCUCAAAAAUAUUCAACAAGUUCAUCCAACUAAAGGCAGUACAGACUGUCCUUGAAAAAUGUGGCUCCCAAAUAAGAUCAAAUCAGAAACUCAGCUUCAAAUUUUGCCAAACUCUACCAGUGCAUAAACCUAAAGAUCCCUCAUAAUUUGCCUCAUAUCUUUGUUGUAUUGUAAGUACAGUUUUGAGUUCAGCUUCAAAAGAAAAUCACAAAUUCAGCCUCUGCAGAGGACCUGCAGCCUCUUAGUUCCCAAUCCCAUUAGCCAUGCAGUGAUGUAACUGGGCAGGGAUGCUUCAGGGAUGAGGCACUGCUCUAGAUGGCUGCCUGAAUGUUGUUUGAGGAGGUAGAGUAUAGACAGGUGCAGGCGUAUGCAGAGGCAGAACACUAACACAAAUAUAGCGAGUGCUCCAGGAGAACCUGGAACACCCCACCUAUGACCUAAAAUAUGACCCUGCAUACGAGAUAGCAGCUGUUGAAGUGUUGUUUAUAACGGCAUGUCUUUGAGAGGUUCAUUAAAGUGGGAGUAUUAUUCGUGUCAACUUUUAUGCCUUUAGUAUGCCUUUAACAGUUCUGGUCUCUUUUGUCCUCUGGCCCUGGGACAGAUUAUAGACAUUUGUGUUGGUUUUUGCAGCCAAUUACAGAGCAGCUGGGGUUUUAGGCUCCUAUACUUAACAUAUUUGACAAAACCAUUUUUGUAUAGUAGGUAGAAGAGGGGGAGUGGUCUUGAUUAUGCAAAUCACUCCUGUUAUUACAUCAUCACAGGAGCAUGUUCAAAUCACCCUGUAGGAAGUAUAUUUUUCCUCGUAAGUAAGCUACAAAAACAAUGCAGAAGCUUUUUUGCCUCCUCCCUUGGUUCGAGAACGUCUAAAGUAGGUUUGAUACAACAAAAAUUCUGUUUUUAUUAUGUGACCUGCACAGAUUAUGAUAAACUCAAGUAAAGAACAUCCACAUUUGAAACCAAAUCAUGAACUUUUUCUAAACCUUACCCAAAUCUGAUAUUUUCUCUGAGUUUGCCUCAUAUCUACAGUUCAUUUUUUUGCAGUUCAGUUGUUGCAGAUGCACUCUAGAGCUCUUGUUUGCCAUUUUGCUGUAGGUAUGAGAGCGUGUUAGAAAAGAAACAAAACAAAAGCUGCCUACAGCUGCAGAAGUGUCCUCCACUUAACCUCACAUGACAAAAGGCUUUAUUUACAGAAGUUUGGCUUCAGUAACAACAGUGAAAAAUCUCUGUUUUCCGCUCGCUACAACUCAAAGAAAUAAAAGGUCAGAUUUAUUCAAUAGGCUCGGGGUGCUUUUGUGUCAAGUUUGUGCAUAUGGUUUCCAUAGUUUAUGACCUGUGUAUACGUGACACCCACAUAUUCCAGCCUGUGAUUAAGCUACAAGCAGUCUUAGCCAACAAGUUUACUCUUUCUGGCUGCAGUUGCAUCAGAUCGACUGAAGUCAAGAGGAACGUGAUGCAUGAAUGAGCCAUAAAGGGAAACACUGAACGUGGACUGCUGCUGUUUAAGUCCAGAUGUUAUUCAACCCCCCCAGCCCUUCAGAAGACAUUGGUUGCACUAUUGAUCAUCAUGAACACUGAUGAAGAAAACUUCUGAAGCUGCGUUUCUAUCCCACAUUUUUAACAACAGUCUUUACCGUAGAUGGGGGUUCUCUUUGAGCAGACUGCCAAAAGGAAUUUCCUCAAUUAUAACUGGGGAUCAUUUUUCAGAAUCCUGUUUUCGUCCCACUCACUUUUGUUGUUUCAGGUUGAUUUUCUUAAUGAAGUCUGUCUGAACAUGAAAAUGUUGAUCCACACUCAUCUGAGUGCCUCAAGUUAUUACCUCGAUGCUGCAGCAGCAGCAGCUGAGUGUGAUGACUAGAGUCCGAGCAGCUGUGUUUUGAUUCCCUGAAUCUGCCAUGUCUCACCAGACCUCAUACAGUCAGCUCUUUAUUGUUUAACUACUGAGGACCAGAAGCUUAUUGCCAUGUAGGUUUUUUGUUUAAUGAAAUGGCCUCCUCUGAGUAUAUUGUUCUCUAACAUUCAAAUAUGGAACAAGUCUGUCAAAUCUGAUAGAUCAUGAGCAUGAAGUGAACUGGGUCACCUGCUACAAACCACCUGACUGUUUGUUUGACUAUCCUGAAUCUUGAAGAGAAAUCAUGACAAUAUUGAUCCCACAAAAAUAAAGCUUCAACAUGUUUUUCUCCCAUUUUUACAGGUACUGGUCUGAUCUGGAUGGAUGAUGUUGCGUGCACAGGAGCCGAAGACACCAUCCACCAGUGCUCGUUUCCAGGUUGGGGCAAAACAAACUGUGGCCAUGUGGAGGACGCUGGAGUGACCUGUGCUGUUUAAACCUCUUACUGACCUGAUGGAGUGCCUGCUUUAACAGUGCCUUAUAUAAAGCAGCUACAAGAUGCACAACAGCCAAUGAUAGCUGAGGGUUAACUACAGCAGAAUGGUUUCCAUUAACCUGCUAAAGGAAGAGCAGCCUUUUUUUUUAGCAACAACCUCCAUGAUGGGCAUGAAGGAAAUCUACAGCUUUUUCUGAGACAUUGACUAAAUGUUGUUUUUUUUCUACAAGGCUGAUUAAUGGAGCAGAGAGAAUGCACAUAUCUUCAAACUUUGCCCUUUUUAUCAUGAGCUGUUACAUGGAGAUAAUCCAGGACAGGACUCUGCAUCAGGGCGGCUUCUUCAGACUGGAGAAUGAAGGUCAAAGGUCAGCUUUGAGGGGCUAAUCCAAGGUCAGGUUUGCUGUUUUGACCUCCAGCAUGAGAAGGAAGCAAAUCUAGUGACUUACUCCUCAAAGAGCCGUCUGUCAUUGCCCGACCUUCAAGCUGGACAUUAACAGAUAAGACUGUAUGAAAGAAAAUAUAUUUUUCACUUAGAGGCAGCUGCUCUUCACAGUAUUAUCUAGGAAUGGCUUUUAAGAGAUGCUGAAUAUACACAGUACUGCUUUAUCAUAUCAGCUAUAGCAUUACAUAGGAAGCAAUCUUUUGGUGAUUUGCAGGUCAAAAGAAGUCAGCGUGGAGUUUCAGCUUCACUACAGUGAGUGUAAAAGGUGAAAAAAUAAAGGUGCACUGAGGAACUUUAUGUCAACAAUAGAGGUUUUGCAUGAAUUUUCCCAAAAUACAUUAAUUAGACAAAAUAUACGGUUAUAUUUAGACAGUAUUCUUGCCAUCAUCUUUUCCAGCUAAGAAUUAAGUUCUCGGUUCAUCAAGUGUAAAAACAAAACCUGCCUCAGCUUCGUGGAGGAGUUUUAAUUUGAACAACUUUUCACUUGCGAAUCACCAAACGAGCUUUAACUUUGUGCCUUUAAUUUUCUUAAUGAAGAUGAAGAAAAAUCUGCCACUAACACAGAUUUCAUAGAGGGUUAUUAUCUUUCACUGCCUUUGACAGAUGAAGCAAUCAUGGAGGAGAACAGAUGAGUAUAAACAGAUGGAUGCAUGGACGCCUGCCCUGCCUUGUUCGAUUUACAGCGGCGGGUCUGUCAGUGUUUUCUGCCAAAAGUUGGGUUGUUCUGGCAUUAAUGUGGAAGUGUAUGCACACACACACAAACACACUCUAAUCCAACCAUAACAGACUGGAGGUUUAUGCCUCUCUCAGUGGGGUUUAAUCUUUAUGGGCUGCCCUCAACUACAAAAGAGCUGGUGCCUCCCAAGUGUUUGCUUCUUCCUCCGAGCCAAGAGACCAGACCAGAGCUGCAGGUUGGACCAGAACCUGUCUUUUUACCCAGUCGUGUUUUAUAUCUGAAGAGGGGAAACAUUUUAGUGCACCUUAAAAUCUGCCAAACAUACAAACCUCACACUGUCCCCCCUGAGGAGCUGGAGUUGAUUUUUUAUACUCAGCAGUUAAAUCUGUCUGAGUGAGCUGUCCUAGUUAAAAGAAGUCAUCAGCAGUUUGGCCCACUUUCCCCUUUUCAUGAAAUUAAUCUGCACAUGAUGUCCAUUCAUGUGUCUCUGCAAGGGAGAAGAAUAAAUGUUGGAUAUGAAUUAAACUUUACAAGGCAUCAGAGCCGCAAUUUACUUUCUCUACCUCAUGUUCAAGUGUCUCAGUGUUUGCAAUGGUUUCUCUUCGAAGCCACAACUCAACCACAAAAGAUGACAAAUUAAAGAAAGGAAAAGGGAAACUUUGAAGAGGGAAAAUGAGGUGAGAAACCAGACUCCGUAGACUUAUGUGACUCAGAUGCAGAAGGGUGAAAUAUUCCCCAGAAAGUUCUGUGGAUAAAUCACUCAGCAACUUCUGCAAAAUCAGGAAUGAUGUUGGAGAAAUCUGAGGCUGCAUCUGAAAUUAUUAAAGGAUCCGCCAUUGUAGAGCGCUUUAUGAAUUAAGAGUGAGAGUUUUGUUACCCUACAUAGUGGACUCAUUGUAGUGCACAACCAAUAUUCAUCAUGCACUGCAGUGCAAAAGAGAAACAGACAGAAAUGAAGAGCAUGGCCAGGGAGGUUGGUAUUUGAUGCCAUUUUGGGGGAAAAUUAUGCAACACUUAAACAAAGUGCACUUCUACCCUCUGCAAUGUGCCUUUUUUAGCAGUAUAGAUAAUUAAAGUGACAUUUUUUUUAAAGCAUACCUGGUUGUACAAAGACCUUACAGUGCUUUGCAUUUGUGUAUUUGCAUUUGAUUUAUUACAUUGUGCUGGUCAUGAACAUAGACUGUAUAUACUAUGGACAACUUGGUUCCGCCUAGUAUAUGGAUUUGAAGCCAAAAAGCUCUCAGUAAUUCCAGGUUUUUUCCACUUCCUGAAACCAACAUUGCACAGUAACAUUAUACGCUCUCCACCACUUGCGCAGCAGCAUUUUACACAAUAGGCAGGAGAGUCACCGAAAGUCGCUGUGAUGACGCUCGGUUGAGCUACGCAAUCCUUGUACACCCAUAGGCUGUAUCAAGUGUCAAUCAUAGAAAGCAUGAACCCCCUAAUAACUUUUAAAAAAUGGAGCUGUACAGAAAAAAGAGGACUUCAGCACAAACCAGUCUUACAGAUAGAUAGAUAGAUAGAUAGAUAGAUAGAUAGAUAGAUAGAUAGAUAGAUAGAUAGAUAGAUAGAUAGAUAGAUAGAUAGAUAGAUAGAUAGAUAGACAGAUAGAUAGAUAGAUAGACUUUAUUGAUCCCAAACUGGGAAACUCUCUCCAAACUGGGAAAUUCUCUACAGUAACUACAUGUCAACAUCACAACCAGGGGGGAGAAAAUUUUAUAUUCUAUGUAAUAAAUUUCUAAAGUUUGUCCACAGCUCCAUAGGGAUUGAUGGAGGAGGCGGGAUUUAUGACCUAUACUGCAGCCUGUCACCAGAGGGUGCUGUUCUCGUGGUGGCUUCACCCAGCGAGGAGGCAGACGGCAUCCAUACUAAAUACAGUCUACAGUCAUGAUACAUAUAAGGGCUCCAGAGUUAACAACAUAAAUCAAACGUUAAUAAAGAUACUUGAUACACUGCUUUACUUCUGCUUAAAGAAAAAAAAAAACACUUUUUACCCUCUGUUCAGUUGAUUUGUACCACUAAAUGCUGUAUAUGCACUGCUGGAAUAAUAAAAUGUAGGUUUGUUUAAA